GGCUUCACAGUUCCUCUUCCUCCCUUUUCCCACCUCCUCCUCCUCCUCCCUUUCCUUUGCUGCUAGAGCAGCUCUCGCUGGGCGUGGGGAGGAGGGCAUGCCAAAGGCGAAGCCGAGCAACCCUGCGCCGCCGCUAGAGCCAGUCUCCCUGCACGGGGCGAGCGCAGCAGCCUCCUCCUUCCUGGAAGCCCAUCAGGCAGGCGGGGCUAUUCGCUGCCUUGCAGAGGCCGAGCCUCCUCCCGUUUGGGGCUGCAUCCCUCACUCUUCCUUUCCUUCCUCCCUCCCUUCCCUCUCUCCGGUCCGUCUCUCUUUCGACUCCCGCCUCCCUCUUUGCGCGCAGGAGCCGCGUCUCCGGGUGAGUGGCGAGAGGCCGCGCGCCGUAUUUAUAGACAAUCGCAGGCGGGGAUAAUAGGGGGGGACUGGCUCUUCAGUGGCGCCGCCGGGGCAGGUCGCAUUGUGGUAUGUGGGGCAGGUGGUUGGGAGGGGGGGUUGGAAAGGAGAAAGAGUGACAGGCGCCAGCCCCUCAGGCCCCAGAGGAACAGCGCCCUCCUGCAGACCCGCACGGAGGUCCUGGGGUGCUUUGCAGCCUCGCCAGAUUUGGCUGGGAGAGAAGCGUUUUUUGCGCCCUUGGCAACCUUCCCACACACCGGCCUCCACCUCCCUCCUGCCCGGCCCUCUGACACCGUUCUCUGCCGAGUCGUUUUAUUGCAAAGGGGGUGGGUAAAAAAUGUAAGUGCCCCUGUGUCUGGGAGACUUCUUCAGGAGGACUUUCAAGGUGACCCCUGCAUGCGCCCAUCUCCUCCCUUGCCUGCUGCAAAACGCUGCUCUUUUAUGUAUUUUAUGUAUGUGUCUUUUGCUUGCCUAGGAGCCACUCCUUUCUUUCCGAAGCUAAUCUCUGUGGCCUGCAAGGGCGGAGAACGCCAGGCAGCCAAGAUGCCCCACGGUAAGCAGACAAGAGUGCUUCUUCUCAACGACAUGGAAAAGCUGGACAAGACCCUCUUCCGGCUGGAGCAAGGUCAGUGUCCCAGGCGGCUGCUUGUGUGUUCGGUUUUUUUGUUUAACAAGUUGCGUUGGAUCCUUGUGCAAGAGGAAACUCAAACAGUUGUUAACUCUUCCAUCUCGUCCUGUUUUCCUGUGCACAGAGAUUGAUGUAUGCUUUACAGAGGAAAAAAUAGAUUUUUUAAAAUGGAGAGGCCUCUGCCCCAAGCAGCUUACACACAGACAGCAUGCAGACUGUAGCAACAGAGGAGCUUACAUCUGGGUAAAUGGAUCACAUAUGGCUGCCAGGAGUUAAGAAAUGGGUCUUGUGAAAAAAGUUGGGUUUUGAGGAAGGCUUAGGAGGAAACGAAUUAGGUGCAUCAUCUAGCUGGGACUAUGAACACUGACAUUAUAAAUAACUUCAAUAAAUAAAUCAGUACUUUAACAGACGUAAGAGGCAAUGGGAGAGGUGGGUGGAACCAUUUAAGAAAUAAGAGUUUAGUUUGCUGAGGAGUAUGCAUAAUGCAUAAAGAAGUCAAUAUGAUCCAUUAAUUUUUCUGAAGCUGCUCCAUGCUUUUCAAAUGGUUUAUGAAUACAGCAUUCCUCUGAGUGGUCAUAAACUGACUAAUUAUAUGUGAGGCUCCAGGCUUGCAGUGUUCUUUUUUAAAAAAACAACAACGCUUAAGGGCUAAACUAAGUGUGUGUUGGCAAACAGGUCAAAGAGAACAGAUCACUAUUUCUUUGCUUUAAAGCAGUAAACAGAGGUGCUCUCAAAUUAUGCUGUUUGCUGCAUGAAACAGGGGUGGGUAGAGAAUAGCUCAGGAAUGGCAGGGGUACAAUAAGCAGGGAAGUAUUAGCCACUUCUAUCACUUCUGCCAUACAAAUUGUGCUUAGCACCUGCCAGUUCGUUUUUGUCUUUCUGUUUUGUAAUGGGAACAGGGUUAGUAAUCACAAGUUUGCCACUGAACCCUUAGCAUUGGAGGUAUGGCAUUUUAAUGUGCCCUUAAUAAAUAAUUCCCAAUGAACACAAUGAAAGCGUUCUUCUGAAUAAACUUGUGCAGCUAUGUCUAAACAUGGCUAUAGUCUUACAGUUAGUUGUAAAUCUGCCAGUGUUGUCAUCAAGGACAUCUAUUACCAAGGUUUCUGCUAUAAUUCUAAGCAGUUAGUGGGAUUGGCUUCCAGCUAAUUUUUCUUAAGAUGGAUGUGCCAUCUUCUAACAUGGGAAGAACGUUCUGACCCUGAAAGUAAGAUGCUAGGAUUGCAGUCAUCAGAGGGAUAUACACAGGAACUGACCUCAGUCGGGCCCAUCUGCUGUAAGAGGAAGUACAAUGACAGUUUAAGCUGUUGUAACUUUGAAGAAGAUUCUAUUGAAAGUUUGGAAUGCAAGGAAGGGCAUUUUGGGAUGUGGUGGUGAAUGACAUAGACUAGAAAAAAAUUGGAAUGCGCUUUCAUUCCCCCACAAGAGAGGGGGCAUUAAAUGUUAUCGUAGCCAUACUGGAGCCGCUGUUGAUAGAGGCUGGUGUGUGGGUUCUGACUGCAGAAUUGGCAGCCAAGUCCACAGAGUUGGCUUGCAUAAAUGUUAUCCCAAGUGCUAAGCACCCACUUGCGGAAAAUUGGUUACCAUGCAGCUACAGUAACGUUUAGGACUGCAGGCAAAUGCCCCAGUUAGCUGGGAGUGAGCCCUGUUCAGUUCAGUAGAACUUACAGUGCAAUCAAUCCUAACCAUACCUACUCAGAAGUAAGUCAUAUCCAGAAUUUAAAAGUUACACCUCCUCUACGCAGGAGAUGUUUCUGCAGUCUUGGACAGGGAACACACUAAAAUAAUACAGUGGUACCUCGGGUUAUGAACUUGAUUUGUUCCUGAGGUCCGUUCUUAACCCAAAGCCGUUCUUAACCUGAGGCGCGCUUUCGCUAAUGGGGUAUCCUGCUGCUGCCAUGCCACCGGCGCGCGAUUUUUGUUCUCAUCCUGGGGCAAAUUUAUCAACCCGAGGUACUACUUCUGGGUUAGUGGAGUUUGUAACCGGAAGUGUUUGUAACCUGAAGUGUUUGUAAUCUGAGGUACCACUGUGGGUUACAUACGCUUCAGGUUACAGACUCCACUAACCCAGAAAUAGUACCUCAGGUUAAGAACUUUGCUUCAGGAUGAGAACAGAAAUCAUGCUCCAGCGGUGCAGCGGCAGCAGGAGGCCCCAUUAGCUAAAGUGGUGCUUCAGGUUAAGAACAGUUUCAGGUUAAGUACAGACCUCUGGAACGAAUUAAGUACUUAACCCGAGGUACCACUGUACUUCAUUGACCGUGUAGGCUAGGAAAUAGGUAGUUUGAAGCAUUUGUGCUUCCUGCUUCAUCUGUACCAUCUUGGGUGCUCGUUUGUACAUUAACAAGGCUAUCUGUUGCUCAGAAGGAAGCUCCAUUCAGGUUAACGAGACUUACCCCCAUGUUACUUGUAAAGCAUGGAAUCCCAAGUACACAAACUGGACAACAGCCUCCAUAGAAAAGAAGUAAACAUAAAGCAUGGUUAGGUUCAGGCUGUAAGAAUUUUUAAUUGCUGGAUGCCGAAGAACUUUUGAAACCUCAAAAUGUGUUACUUUUUGAAUUUUUAUUUUCUUAAAUUCCAGCUUUUCAUUUAUAAAUUAUGAGUCUCAAAAAUGGUUUCCCCACAUACAUAAAAUCAAUAAACAACAGCAGUUAAAAUUGACCCAAAUAGUAAUGCAAUCUCAACAACUAGCCAGAACCAAAAAUAAUUCAACUGUGUUUAACAAAUUAUGCUCCUUUAAAACUAGGAAUCAAAUCAGGGGAUUUGAUUUUAUAAUUUGGAAAAUGGCUAGGGGAGCACCUCAAGGGCAAUGCACUAUGACAGUGAAGGAAAAUGAAGCUAGUUCUUAUCUGUAUUUCUGCUCUGCAAGAUAGAAAAAAAUGAUUUGGGAAAACUUUUAAAAUAGAAAAAGCCAUGCAAUUCCACAUAGCAAAAAGAACUAACAGAUAGACGGUGUAACUAAUAUGAGCUAUGCAUUUUUAGUCUACAUGGGUUUUAGGGAAUAAGAUAUCGGUAGCAAACAUCUCUGCAGUCCGAUCUAUGUUUAGCAAACUAUAAACAAACUUGUCAAGCCUGUAGCAAAAGCACAAAUGACCUGUUCUUAAAUUUAUUUUUAUAGACAUUGUUAUGAAGGCAAAGAACCUUAGGCUUAACAAAUUAUUAUUACAAUAUUUAUUAAAUUGGUAUACUAUACUCUAUCCAUAAAUCUCAGGGCGAUUCACAACACAAAAACACAAGAUAAAAAAAAAAAACGCAAAAUGCAUGAUGAAAACAAGAACAAAAAUAAACCAUAACCCCACAACACAUUUAAGAUGGUAUUGGAUGUAAUCAGCCAAAGGCCUAUUUAAAGAGGAAUGUUUUUGCCUGGUGCCUAAAGUGUAAAAUGAAGGCGCCAGCCGAACUUCCCUGGGGAGAGUAUUCCACAGACAGGGAGCCACUGCAGAAAAGGCCUUUCCCAAAGAUCUUCACGCUGCUUACCAAUUCAUUUCUGUGUCAGUAAAUGAAGGUAAACAGAUGCAGAUGAAAUAAUCAUGGACUACUCAUGUAUAUAUUUGUACAACAUCAUUCUGGCAUUGCUUUUGAGCUGGCUCCGUUCCAUACCUUCUUUGAAACAGUUAUAAAAUGUUUCUCUCUUGUAUAAUUUCGUAAAUUGUGUGUAGUACUUUAUGAGCUUUGGAGGCCACAGUAGCCAAGGCUGUUUUGUUUUGGAUGAACAGAUACUUUGUGUGGUGUUGGGUUUUAAAAGAAAAUAAUCUUUGUGUGAGUGCUUUGUUCUUUGUUGUUCAUGGCUCCCUCUCACAUAUGGUUUGCAAGAUCUAGGCCUUGGUCAUUAGUGGCUCUUAAUGAGUGAACAACUAUACUGUUCUGUUCAUAUCUGUAGCUCAAUCGAUUGAGCUGGUUGAUGUCUAAAUAUUUAAUUUCCAGCAUUCAUCUGCCCUGAGAGCUAAUGCAUAUAACCGCAGUGGGGUCUUUCAACCUGUGCAGCCAUUCCUUUCCUCUGUGCAUAAACAGAAGAAGAAGAAGAAGAAGAAGAAGAAGAAGAAGAAGAAGAGUUUGGAUUUGAUAUCCCGCCUUUCACUCCCCUUCAGGAGUCUCAAAGCAGCUAACAAUCUCCUUUCCCUUCCUCCCCCACAACAAACACUCUGUGAGGUGAGUGGGGCUGAGAGACUUCAAAGAAGUGUGACUGGCCCAAGGUCACCCAGCAGCUGCAUGUGGAGGAGCGGGGAAGCGAACCCGGUUCCCCAGAUUACGUGACUACCGCUCUUAACCACUACACCACACUGGCUCUCAUGGCAAACAAACCAGCCAUUUCCUCAACAGUCCUUUCUGGCAGUUGGCUCAUUGAGGCAUCAGUCCAUGUUGAUAAGUUUUAAGAUAUGGGUGUUUGCGCUCUAACCGUUGCCUGUCUUGCUCUGUUCAGGUUUUGAACUACAGUUCCGUCUGGGGCCUACCUUGCAAGGCAAGCAUGUUACGGUGCAUACCAACUACCCAGCUUCUGGAGAAGGGUUCAACCGUCACAAGUUCAGGUGCCUGUCAUGGCACAACCCAACUGGGAAAGAAGAUGAUUCUGACAAAUACUGCAAACUAGAUCUCCAGAUCUCUGGGUCAUACCAGUAUUAUUUCAGUCAUGAGUAAGUAAUGGUUGGCUCCAGAGGAAGAUAAGCUUGCAUCGGCACCUCCUGUUUCUUAUGCUGUUAUACCUUCGAUCUCAGACACCUUGGCUCUCGAACAAAUUGGCUUCUGAUCGUUCGAAACCUGGAAGUGAGUGUUCCAGUUUCCGAACAAUUUUUGGAAGCAGCUUCUCUGGCUUCCGAUUGGCUGCAGGAUGCCCCUACAGCCAAUCAGAAGCCGCGUCUUGGUUUUCAGACAGUUCCGGGAGUCAAACAGACUCCCAGAACACAUUCUGUUCGAGAACCAAGGUACAACUGUAUUGGGAGUCGUUCACAUCUUAACCCUGCUGGCAGUCCUUUUUGUGUGACAGAGGAGCAGGCCGCAAACAUUAAGAUAGCCCAGGAGGCUGGUUCUCCAUGCAGAGAUUUGUGUGUGUCUCCCCCCACAUCAAAAAGAGAUGGGGAACAGUCAAGCAGUUAGAUCUAUAUGUGUAUUGACUUACAGUGGUACCUUGGGUUACAUACGCUUCAGGUUACAGACUCCGCUAACCCAGAAAUAGUACCUCGGGUUAAGAACUUUGCUUCAGGAUGAGAACAGAAAUCGUGCUCCGGCGGCGUGGCGGCAACAGGAAGCCCCAUUAGCCAAAGUGGUGCUUCAGGUUAAGAACAGUUUCAGGUUAAGUACAGACCUCUGGAACGAAUUAAGUACUUAACCCGAGGUACCACCGUACUAUGUUGAGUGCCUCCUUCAGACACUGAGUUAGGCAAAGUUAGAUGCUACCUUUAUUGUGUGGUUAGCAAACAACAAUAUAUGUUGGUCAUUACCCCCCAAAAUAUAUGUUGGUCAUUACCCCCCCAAAAUUAAAAAUACUAGGCGCAGUGGGGGCUGGUUCUCAUUGGACCACAACAUGUGAAAGCAGGAGGUUUUCCUCUCCAGUUGUGAUCUCUCUGAAAAUGUGCCCUUGUGCUGCUGUUAGCACUGGGGGAGAAGGAAAUUCACAUUGGCACAAAUGGGCCUUUUCCCUCCCAGUGCUAACUGCAACACGGGGUGUUUUUUGUUGAGAGCGCAGCUGGGAGGGAAGAGUUAAACCUCCCCUCUCAAUGUGCUGCAGGCCUAAUGAGAAUCCUUUUCCCACCCCUUCGCUAGUACUUAAUUUGGGAGGGGAGAGAGAGAAAGAGACAUGACUGCUAACCAGUCGAGGGAGGUAACAUGUAGUUUGGCCUAAGAUAAUGUUUGACAAAGGCACUCCCCAUAACAAGACUAUAUACGUAGAGACUAAAUUUGCUAUUUUGUCCUCUACCUCUUUCUGAGCUGAGAAGAGGCACACAAGCCUCAGGUGUGCAUUGCUGACAUGUAAAUUAAGAGAAGUUGCUAAUAAAGGAAGACCAAGAACUCUGGUUUAUUGAAAAUGCAGUCCUUGAUCUUGAAAAAAAAUUGGUGGCAUAUUCUUAUUGCAUGUGAAUGUCAAAGAGGAAAUGUAAAACCACAUCUGUUUAUAAGUCAUUUAAAAGAAGAUCCCAGUACUGUUUUAAAAGUUAAAUUCUCAGAUAUUGUUUGCUAGAUUUGUCAUAUUGGGAGGCAGUCUGUGGUAUUUACAACCUUUAGGUUUGUUUUCAAUAAAUGUUGGGUGUUAGUGCUGAUCUUCAAAUGCCAGGAAAAGAUCAGUUCAGCGACUUAAGAGGUCAGCAGUUGUGCAUGUCAUGGUUCUAUGUGUUUUCCUUUUUGAAACGCCACAAUGAGUUUUUAAAACCUGCAUAUCAUCAGUGUGGCUUUGCCAGCCAAGCGCACCAAUACUCCUGAGGUAUGCUGCCUUUUGAGUGCAGGGUGUAGGUUCCAGACCAGCUCACUGACCUUGCCCCAUUUUCUGGGCUUCUCUACUCAGGUUACUCUAAAGGCAGGGAAGUGUUCCUGCAAGUCAGACAGCUAUGAGGAUACAGUAUGGGAAAAUGUAAUAGGAGACCCAGAAUACAUACAGUUUCUCUGCAGGAAGAUCCUGGAAACUUCUGUGCAGAUUACAAGCUGCUUGCAUAAAUCUUCAGACGGAGAGAUACUUAAAAGCGCACCCAUGUUAUGGUUGCUUUUUUUUUAGGAGAGACUCUGUAUCUCAAUAAUUUACAAAACAAAAAACCUAAACCUUUUACAUCUCUCGUGGCAGAAUGGGCAAGCCAUCAUGUCCCAGCCUGAAUCUGCAACAAAGCCAUAAUAGCCAAUAUUUUAUUUAUUUGGGUAUUUUUUCAUCAUUGCUUUUCAGGGCCAAGGGGCAACUCGGGGAUAUUCACAGUUAAGGAUCAUAAAAAUAUAUAAUUUAAAACAGUUAAAUCAUCCAACCACAAAUAAAAGCAGUAGGAGUUAAAAUUGUGGACAGCCGUCCUAUUCAAUUAAAAACAACUUCGAAUAGUAAAAUCUUUAAGGCCUGCUUGAACACAACUAGAGGGUGUGGUCCAGAGGCAUGCAGGGCAUGUGAAGCAUUUUGAACACUAUAAGUCAGGCUUCCUCAAACUUGGCCCUCCAGAUGUUUUGAGACUACAGUUCCCAUCAUCCCUGACCACUGGUCCUGCUAGCUAGGGAUCAUGGGAGUUGUAGGCCAAAAACAUCUGGAGGGCCGAGUUGGAGGAAGCCUGCUAUAAAUUGCUUUAUAAUUAUAAUAGCAGCAGCAGAGAAACAGUCUCAUAAUGUCAGGAAGGUCAGAGGUGAAUUUGAGAUGGUUCCUGGGGGAAACUCCUUGAUUCUUUAUAAAACAUGGGUUAAAUGCAUUUGACUUUCCUAGCAUUCCUAUUUCAGCCAUUCAACAGUUUUUAUUCUAUAUUUGGCUUCUCUUAAGAACAAUUCUAUGUAUAUCAACAUAGGAGUAACAUCUAUUAAGUACAGUGGGGUUUACUCUUCCGGGCUAGUGAGUACAGUAUAGACUUGCAGGCUUAAAGGGCUUUUAAAAAGCAGUAUCUUUUGAGCUUCAAAGUAUUGUUAAUGCUUUCGGAUUCCCUUAAAGACAUUAAAAUAAUUUUAGAAUAGCAAGCAAAAAAUAUCUUAUUAGGUCUUGGUAAUAAUUGGUGGUUGAUUCCAGCAUUUAUUAGCUUUUGUAUUGAUAAAAGAUGUGUGUGUGUUCUUGCAGAGAUAAGAAAAGCGGUGGAGGUUACAUAGUUGUGGAUCCUAUUUUGCGUGUUGGUGCUGACAAUCAUGAAUUGCCCUUGGAUUGUGUUACACUCCAGACAUUCCUGGCUAAGUGUCUGGGACCAUUUGAUGGAUGGGAAGAUCGUCUUAGAGUCGCAAAAGAAUCUGGUAAUAAACACAUUGACUCCCAAAUCAAAUCUCUGGUACAUAGCACUGAUUGACUGACUGUAUUUAAAUAUCCUAUUUCUUCCGGGGAGCUCAAGGCAAUACACACAUGGUUCCCAGGCAAAUCUCCCAUUUGGAUGCUGACCAGACCCAGACCUGCUGGGCUUCACCAAGCUUGCUGCAUGCUUUAUGAAGGGUUGCUUUCAGUACUCGGCAAGGAGCGGGUGGCACUGUGGUCUAAACCACUCAGCCUCUUGGGCUUGCCAAUCAGAAGGUCGGCGGUUUGAAUCCCCACGACGGGAUGAACUCCCGUUGCUCUGUCCCAGCUCCUGCCAACCUAGCAGUUUGAAAGCACGCCAGUGCAAGUAGAUAAAUAGGUACCGCUCCGGUGGGAAGGUAAACAGUGUUUCUGUGCACUCUGGCUUCCGUCACGGUGUCCCGUUGCACCAGAAGCGGUUUAGUCAUGCUGGCCACAUGACCCAGAAAGCUGUCUGUGGGCAAAUGCCAGCUCCCUCAGCCUGAGAGCGAGAUGAACGCCACACCCCAUAGUCACUUUUGACUGGACUUAACCAUCCAGGGGUCCUUUACCUUUGCCUUCAAUACUUAAGACUGCCCAGUCUACUAUAAGUGUCAUGUUAAUACAUUUCAUUAUUGCUUUGUAGGUUACAACAUGGUUCACUUGACACCAGUCCAGAAACUUGGUAAAUCAAGAUCAUGUUAUUCAUUAGCUGAUCAGCUGGAAAUAAAUCCUGAUUUUUCAACCCCAAACAAAAAGUGUUCUUGGAGUGAGCUUGGAAAACUAGUGGAAAAAAUGAAAAAUGAAUGGAAUAUGCUUUGUAUUACCGAUGUAGUCUACAAUCACACUGGUAUGUUCAUUUUUGCUGUCAUUUGAAUUUAACCUCAAGGGUGAAAAUGCAUAGGGUAAUAGUUUCUCUGUCUUAUCCACUGCACUUAACAAAUGCACAGAUUUGUAUCCAGCAACUUUUGUAUGCAUGUGCAAACUUCACAAAGACCAGUCGUGUCCAGGAGUAUAAAAAGAGAAUUUUUAAAAUAUAUGUUUAAGAAUUAGUUCGAGCUAGGCAGUAAAUUUCCCUCUAGGCUCUGUGUGUUGUUUAAAACUAUAUUUUACUUAAAUAACCCAGAAAAAAAAUAGGGGAUGGCGUUUGGUGGUGAUCUUAAGAUUUGUAACUAUUCAGACAUUUUUAAUUCACUUGUUUUCAAAAUGCUUUGAGGGUAACAGCUCCUGCAAGCACAAAACCUUGUGUCUCCGUUACCCAAGAGAAGAAGAAAGCCUUUACUUUUUUCAGUUUCUGAAAGGGGGUGGUGGAGGACAUUUCCAUGCCAAUUUUCAGAACUGGGCAAAAGUAUUGCAAAAAUAGAAGCAUUUGUGCAGCUAAGUAGAGACUGACGAAAGUGUCCAAGUGGAACGCAACCUCAUUUUGUCAGUUCAAUUGGCUGGCUGCUUUUACCGCUGAUGGCAGAGCUCCAUGUUUAUAAAGGUCAGACCUUCAGUGAAAAGUAAGAUCUUCGUGGCUUUAGAAUGCCAGGUUCUAAAGGAUCUUGAGUUUCAAUGUUGGAGGACAAUUUUAGGUUAAGGAAGAACACCUUGCACCACAACAGAGGUGCUGUUCUUCCCAAGACAGUUUUCUCUGUUUCCUUGAUAUCCAUGCAAGGGCUAGGUUUUAUUUUCUGUCACUCCUAUGAGACAGAGAGAGAGAGAGAGCACUUAUUGAAUGCCCCCCUCCAGCAGGCAUACUGAGACACACAUGUACCUUAAUGAUGGGCUGGUGAACCUUGAACUGCUUGCAUCAGGAGAAACUUUGGGUCUGGAUGAUGGUUUGAUAGUUAGAACAUCAUCACUGGAUAUAUUACAGCUAUCAAGUGAUGAAUGCAUAUUUGAGCUUGCACUUAUCCCCGGAGAACUGUAUCGCACAAGUCUCACUCAGUGGAAUAACCAUUUUUUGAGAACUUGCAGAGUUCCUUAGUUCCUAGGUGCGGGUCCUUCAACAUUGUCUCCUUUGAUUACAAAAUUUAAUAAGCAAUGCAAUUUCAGUAGUUGGCAAAGUUCUCCCCAAAAAGGAACAUAACUUCAUGUGUGUUCUUCAGAAUUUUGGGAAAUGAUUUUAUGGCAAUGGCAGGGAAGUGACUAAAAAUUAGUGUUGAUGCCUUCCUUGACAUUGCAAAGUAUAUAUGAAGGACAACAUUUAAACUUCUAAAGAUCUAGGGCUGGAUUCAGCUAUAAGGUUCCAUUAGUGGAAGCCAGUGCAAGGACUGCUACUAGUGCAAUGGUUAUCCCCAUGUGUAACUCUGCAUCUCCCCCAGUUCUGCUCUGGAGGGUCAGGAAAAACCCCAGAUCACCCCAUGAUGGGAGGCAAAGAUAGAUCGUUCUGUGAGCACAAUCAUUUCUGCUUGCCCAAGAGAAUGAUCUUGUUAGCACUACGUUGAAGCCUACCCAAUACUUGUGAGUGUUCGCGUCAGGCUGAUUAGUAAUGGCAGGUUAUUGGAAAAACACCUGAUCAGUUAACAUUAGAAAAGAGGUAUAACUUUGGCUGAUUGCCGCCAUUGAAAAACUCACUUGCCAACUGCAUCCGGCAAAAGGCCAAGCUACAGAUAUGGACUUUGAAACUUGGCAAGGCUUUAUUGCUUUAGCACUUGGUUGCUGAUUCAUAUAGAAAAGAAUGAGCAACAAAUCUCACCGCUGUGGAACAGAAAGAUUUAUAAUAUCCUACUAGUGACUCUUGAACGGAGGAGACUAUAUGUGCUCAGCUUCUUCUGAGUUUUUUACUUUCAGCAGUAUUCCUAGACUUCUCUGUAGACCAGGCUUCCUCCAACUCGGCCCUCCAGAUGUUUUUGAGACUGCAAUUCCCAUCAUCCCUGACCACUGGUCCUGCUAGCUAAGGAUCAUGGGAGUUGUAGGCCAAAAACAUCUGGAGGGCCAAGUUGGAGGAAGCCUGCUGUAGACAGAAAGCAGUAAACAAAUAUGAGAGAUGCCUUAGAAUUCUGUACAUGGUCGUUUUCUGCAUUAAGAAAUUAAGAAGCACCUUUAAAAAAAUACUUAAUUUGACAUAUCCAAUGUAAGACUUCCUAGUUUCCUGUCCAUUCAGAAUCUUAACUUUCAUACAUACACUCCAUAGAGGUAAUUGGCAGGAUAAUGGAAGUGCCAUCCUGAGGUGCUAUGUGCUUGAUAUUUAAUUUUUUCCCCCUUUCUCAUUGUGUAUCUCUUUGUUUUCCCCAGCUUCAAAUAGUGAGUGGAUAACUCAGCAUCCAGAAUGUGCAUACAACCUUGUUAAUUCUCCUCACUUGAAACCAGCCUGGAUUUUGGACCGAGCCCUGUGGCAUUUAACCUGUAAAGUGGCUGGUGGGAAAUGCAGCGACAAAGGCGUUCCUCCGCUGCUUGAGAACGAACACCACUUGAAUGUAAGAAAUAAACACAUAAUAUCUCGCUUGGUGGGAUGCGGGUGGUGCUGUGGGUUAAACCACAGAGUCUAGGAAUUGCCAAUCAGAAGGUCGGCAGUUCGAAUCCCUGUGACGGGAUGAGCCCCCGUUGCUCGGUCCCUGCUCCUGCCAACCUAGCAGUUCGAAAGCACCUCAAAGUGCAAGUAGAUAAAUAGGUACCGCUCUGGCGGGAAGGUAAAUGGCGUUUCCGUGCGCUGCUCUGGUUCGCCAGAAGCGGCUUCAUCAUGCUGGCCACAUGACCCGGAAGCUGAAUGCCGGCUCCCUCGGCCAAUAAAGCGAGAUGAGCGCCGCAACCCCAGAGUCGGUCACGGCUGGACCUAAUGGUCAGGGGUCCCUUUACCUUUAUCUUAACACAUGCUGUCACUGAAUGAAAGGGAAGUCUGAUUUAUAAUCUGUGGAACUUCUAACCGUUUCACUUUUCGGCUUGCCUUUCUGUAGGAGGACUAAAACUUCAUUUCCUUCAGUAUGGUAUUAGUCUUUUUAUAUAACAAAAAAGACGGUAUCGUAUGCUGACCCUUUCUAUUGUACUUCAUAAUAUUUGUCUUAAGUAGAGUUAUAUUGAGUUAGAUCCAAUGUGUGGCAAUUCUAAGGUUACCAGAUUUUUUCCAGUGAAUCCAGGGAUACUUUUCAACUUCAAUGGAUUUUGUAUGGGGACUGAUUUGUAAAUCCGGGACUGUCCCCAGGAAACGGGGACAUCUGGGUAACCUUAAAUUAGACUCCUGUUUGCACAGCAGGACUUUCCAUUCCUCUCUUCCCGCUCUUGCCUCCUCAAGAGAUGUCUUGUUGCACAAGGAAGAGAAGUGUUGUUGUGCAACAGGACAGGCUUUUCCCACUGUAGUUCCAGGGUAUAUGGUUUUUUUAAAAAGUUUUUCUUUCUGGCUCUGUAUUGCAAGUAGUCUUGCCAUGAAUAUUUUGUAGAAUAGUGACUCAUAAGUUCAUAUAAAAGUAAGUCAUAUAGGUACUAGGGUUCAGCUCAAAACUUUCCCUGUUUGUUUGUUUUGUACAUAAAUAAAGUAUUUGCUGCUGGAUUCUGUGCUUUCUUUCCUGUGAAACAGUAUAAAUGCCUCACAGAGUGUUGUGUAUGUAAUAAAUGAAUGAUGGCUCAGAACAGUUUUGGCACAGGAGCAUUUACAAUUAAUUUUUGCAUAUGGCACCGAAUUUUGUUUACCUGCCUGAUGUGCUGCUUUUAUUUUUGCAGAAUGUCCGUAAAGUCAUUUGGGAGGAUAUUUUCCCGAAACUAAGAUUAUGGGAAUUUUUCCAAGUAGAUGUUAACAAAGCAGUCCAGCAAUUUAAAACUCUGUUGACUCAAGGUAAAAAAAACCUUAUAACUCUCAGCACGAACAAACGCCACCUGGGAUCCAGGUAGCCGCGGUUGGCUUUGGCUAGGCCAGUGGAACUUUUAACUACCUUUCUUGUGGCAUGUUGCAAAUAAAGCUACUUUCAAAAUUCCCUUCCGUUCCCCAAAGUAGCUUGUCACGGGGCAAGAGGACAUCAUGGGGAACAGGAUUCAGCUGGUGGGGCAGAUUCAGAGCUUCCCCAUCCCUGGCAGGCCACUUUGAGAGGGUCUAUGCCCUGGUAUCUGAUUACCUAUUCUUCUUUUGCAGUGUGGCCAGAGUUCAAGUGUAGAAAGUAGCUCAAGCUAAAUGGGAUGUGUCUGUGUACAUAUGGUUAUGUGCGCUGAGAAAUGACCAUAAGCUACAUGGGAGACAGGGGGCAGGUGGGUGCGGGGGACUCCCUGGUCCUGAAUGUGGUAACUGUGCCCCUGAAGGACCAGGUGCGCAGCCUGGGAGUCAUUCUGGACUCACAGCUGUCCAUGGAGGCGCAGGCCAGUUCUGUGUCCAGGGCAGCUGUCUACCAGCUCCAUCUGGUAUGCCGGCUGAGACCCUACCUGCCCGCGGACUGUCUCACCAGAGUGGUGCAUGCUCUGGUUAUCUUCCGCUUGGACUACUGCAAUGUGCUCUACGUGGGCCUACCUUUGAGGGUGACCCAGAAACUACAAUUAACCCAGAAUGCGGCAGCAAGACUAUGUGACUGGGAGUGGCCGCUGAGACCAUAUAAUACUGGUCCUGAAAGGCCUACAUUGGCUCCCAGGACGUUUCCGAGCACAAUUCAAAGUGUUGGUGCAGACCUUUAAAGCUCUAAACGGCCUCGGUCCUUAAGGAGCGUCUCCACCCCCAUCGUUCAGCCCAGACACUGAGGUCCAGCUCUGAAGGCCGUCUGGCAGUUCCCUCACUGCAAGAAGUGAGGUUACAGGGAAUCAGGCAGAGGGCCUUCUUGGUAGUGGUGCCUGCCCUGUGGAAUGCCCUCCCAUCAGAUGUUAAGGAAAUAAACAACUGUCUGACUUUUAGAAGACAUCUGAAAGCAGCCCUGUUUAGGGAAUUUUUAAUGUUUGAUCUUUUGUUGUCUUUUUAAUAUUCUGCUGGGAGCUGCCCAGAGUGGCUGGGGAAACCCAGCCAGAUGGGCAGGGUAUAAAUAAUAAAUUAUUAUUAUACUAUUAUUAUGCUUUAAGGGCACUGAAAGCCAACUUUGUGUGGGGGGUAAUUUUGAUUAUUUUAGAAUGGAAGGAGUCUGUCCGCUCUGCAACAGGUUAGACUGCUGGGUAGCAUUUGGAUCUAUGAGUUCCUUGGCUUUCAGAAUAAUAAAGAACUGCCCAGUCAUGUAGGCAAUAAAAUGCUUUUAAACUCAUUAAAAAAAUAUUCUGUUUCUUAAAUCUACAACAGGUGGUUCUAAAGUUAAAACUGACCCCAAUCAACAUCUCGCAAUUGUUCAGGAUCCUGAAUUCAAGAGACUCGGCUGUACUGUAGAUAUGAACAUUGCAUUGAACACCUUCAUACCUCAUAGGUAUGUCCUUUCUCAAAGUGUUUUUAAACACUAAACAUCUUGGUGGCACAUGCUUUUCCAAGAGGGGAGAGUCAUUUAUGGGUCAGAAAAUUGGGUCUGCUCCAUUCACAGAAAAACGAGGACCCUAAAAAAUGUGCUGUGAAAACUGCACACCUAGUGGCACCUCGUUCAAUCCAGCUGGCUGUAGCAUUUGCAUAAAACACACCCACUCAAUUUGGUAUGAAACAGGUUGCUUAGCACCUGAAUUUUCAGUUCUCACUUGGAAGGCUCAUUGGCUGGUAUGUCACAUGUUGUAUGGUUCUUCUAGAGUGCUGUUCCCAUACAUAUAUUUAAUGCAAAGUUCAGUGCAAAAGAUGUGCGGAACAAACUAUUCCAGAUUCACCAAAGGUGAAUGUUUGAUAUCAAAGGUAGCUUGAAUGAGAAAAGCUUACAAAUAGGCCUUGACUGCCUUAGACACAGAUGAUUCAUUUUGCAUCGACUCGAUGUUGACAUUGGAGUGUAAAGAGACACCAACUUCCUCAUGGCUGUGCAUGAAUUAAACUCAAAACUCCCGACACGUUUAUUUGAGUGGCAUUUCAUUGUUUCCAUGCAUUGUUGUUUUCAGCAAUGGGCCUGCAGCAAUAGAGGAAUGCUGUAACUGGUUCCGCAAGAGAGUUGAAGAACUAAACGGUGAAAUGUACAGGCAGACAAACUACCAUCAAGAGCAGGUUGUAACAAUAAGGCAUCUUUGAAGUUCAUGCUUGCAUUCAUUUGUUCAUUAUUUGUAGCAUCCACUGAACUGUUAAAGCUGUGCUGAAAUGACUGCUUUUACUGGCUUCCAGGCAGCCAAUUGCAUUGUGGCGACGGUGAACUAUGAACGACUGGCUGGGCAUGGUCCUAAGUUAGGUCCCGUAACCCGAAAGUUUCCUUUAGUUACGAGGUAUUAUAUCUUCUACACUCAAAAUAAAAUGUCUUUGGUGAUGGAUAAAAAUGGUUGGUGUUUGGUAAUAUGUAAUAUGUCAGAAAGUAUAGAUUGUAGAACAAGGCUCUGACUUGGAGUGCGUGGCAUGUGUAUUUUUGUUUAAUAAGCCAAGAUAUACACACACCCUCACUCAAACAUGCGCACAGCCCCUUCUCUCCUUUUGCAGCAUGCAUGUGUUAAACCUAGAUGUCUCCAAUUAAUCAGUAUGCCAGUGUGGUGUAGUGGCUAAGAGCAGUAGUCUUGUAAUCUGGCGAACCGGGUUCGCUUCCCCGCUUCUCCACAUGCAGCUGCUGGGUGACCUUGGGCUAGUCACACUUCUCUGAAGUCUCUCAGCCCCACUCACCUCACAGAGUGUUUGUUGUGGGGGAGGAAGGGAAAGGAGAUUGUUAGCCGCUUUGAGACUCCUUCAGGUAGUGAUAAAGCGGGAUAUCAAAUCCAAACUCUUAUUCUCUUCUUCUUCUCUGAAUACCAGCUGCUGGGGAAUGUGAAUGGGAGAGUACUAGCGUGCUCAUGUCCUUGCAGGCUGCCUGUAGGUAUCUUGCCAGCCAUGACGAGGAUAGAAUGCGGAACUAGAAGAGCCUUUGGUCUGAUCCAGUACCUAUGUUGUAAACAUAGCUUCCUGUUGCAUCCAACUCUGGUAGCCAGGUUAAAAACAAAGUAGGAUCAUAAGACACAGCUUUUGAAGUCUGUUUAAAAUCCUGGCUCGUUCUGAACAUGUUAGCCACUGUUUCUUGGUUUGGGUAAGAGGGGGAACUAUGGUUCAUUGGAGACUUCCUCGUUGAAAUGCACCAUGUGACAAACGGAGGGAAGAAAGGACUCACCUAGGUAUUCUGAAAAUUUAAUUCACCUAGGUAUAGUGAAAAUUUCAGUCAAAUUCUGUGGACAUCUAAGAUGUGCCGCUGAAUGUUGGCAGUCAUCUAAAUUUGAUUGUGUGACUUCACUUGUGCAUCUGUUUUUGGAUGUUCAUGAAGUUUCACUGAAAUGGUGAGCGUUCAUGUGUGUGGAUAUAUAUAUUGCACACAGUAUUCAUCAAUUAGAGCAGUGAGAUUCGGGUCUUUUUGCAAGGGUUGGUGGAUGUCAGAUUUGGGGGGGGGGGGGCAAUCGGCAAUCAUUUGACCCAAAGCCUCUUAAACGUAUUAAAGGCUUGAAGGCCUUUGAAGGUACGGUUAGAAAUUUUAACACACAAAUACUUUAACUUAAAAUAUGAAUUAAAAACUUGUGUUUCACUGUUUGGAAAGAUUUGUUUUUAAAAGAGUGUUUACAAGUUUUGAAAGCUAGGAUUCAUCCAUCUACUUGCUUGGUAUAUGUGAAACUGUAGAUGUAAUAUAAUCUUCAGUGAGAUCGCUGAUAUUCAUAAAGUAGUGGGUUACUAUGUGUGGGAUUUGGGUUUCACGGGAUAACAGUUUGCUAGAAGAGACAAAAAGCGCAACUCCAGACAAAAGCACCCAGUAUUAAGCUGAUUGUGGCAGAAAGAGUUUACAAUAUUGUAGGGACAUCCAUUAUUAAAAACACUUUUUUUCUUUCUGGUACGAGGCAUUUCAAUUGUCAUUUUAUACAAUCUGAUGUUCUAAAAUGGAUGGGGGACCUGUGGCCCUCCAGAUGUGUCUGGGCUGCAGCUUCCAUCAGGCCUAGCCAGCAUAGGCAAUAGGCAGGGAUGAUGUAGCCCUCAAACAUCUGGAGGCCCAUGGGUUCGCUACCUCAGCUCUAAAAAGUACUUUCCGUACUUUACAGCUACUUUACAUACCCAUUUAAAGAGCUAACCCUGGAAGAAGAAGAACGCAUGUUGCAUCAACCUGACAAAGCAAGUUAUUUCAUGGCCCACAACGGUUGGGUGAUGGGAGAUGACCCUUUAAGAAAUUUUGCUGAACCAGGUGGGUGAUUCUGAAAGUUAUAUAUAACUUUUUAAAAAUGCCUUUUGCUAGCGUAGGUGAACUGGGAUGUUGUGCCCAUUCUCAGUUACACUGCAACUUCUUAUUGCAGUACCUUGAGACUUCCUAGACGCCUUUCAAUAAGACAUUGGCUUCCUAAGAACUGUCUGCAUUUCGGGAAUUUAUUGCCCAAGGAUCAAUUCAUCCCUUUCCCCAUAUAGCAUCGCAAGCUGUAGGUGAGGCUGCCAUUGCAGGGACUUUGGGGUGAUGAAGUACAGUUGGGAACCAGUGCAAGUAUGCUUUAAGAUCAUGUCAAUAAGUGCAUAGGAAAAGUAAGUCCCCUAAAUUGUAAUAAAUAAACUAACACAUUAGCUUUGGAAUUUCUGAUCACUUAAAUAGAGUUGUUGCAAAGUAUGACGGACUUAGAUUUGAACUGAUAUUAUUUUUGUACUGUUGUUCUAAAACUGAUUUUAUGUGCAUGGGCAUAGCCAGGAUUUUUAGCUGCGGGGAAGGCUUGGGGGGUGGAAUCUGAUUUGUAUUGAUUUGUAUUUAUUUAGGGGAGCACCUGCCCCCUCCUUGGCUACGCCCAUGUGUGUACAUAUUGCAUAUAUACAAAUAAUUUUAACAGUUGUAAAUAUAUUUAUUGAAAAUUGCUUCAGGGUGUCUCAUGGAAAGAGGUUCAUAAAUGAAAUAAUAAACAAAUAAAUAAAACUUUCCAUUCUGAGUUUUGAUGUUACACAGAUUAGUUCCGCAUGUUUUUCUAGUUUGGCGUAAGUUGAAAUGGCCUUUGUUUCCAUCACUGGUAAGAAUGCUGAGAACCACACUAUAACAUCAUGGCGUAAAUUAGUAUCUCUUCCCCUUUUUACAGGUUCCCAUGUUUACUUGAGAAGAGAACUCAUUUGCUGGGGUGACAGUGUCAAGCUACGUUACGGAAAUAAACCAGAAGACUGCCCUUAUCUCUGGGCUCACAUGAAAAAAUACACCGAGUUGACUGCCAAAUAUUUCCAUGGAGUUCGGCUUGACAAUUGUCACUCGACGCCUCUUAACGUAGCUGAGGUAUAGAAAAAUUUAAGCGUCUCCUUUGCAACUGUGUACACAAACACACAAGAGAGAGGAAAAACUUUGAAACCGUUUUAAAACUUAGGUCUGUUCCAGCCGAUGCUCAUCACAAAUGUUUCAUCCUGUUUCAUUUUUCUCACUCCUCGGCUGCAUGUGCAGGGCUCUUUGAACAUGCUUUCUAGAUCCUGGGUUCUUUUGGUCAGGUUAGCAGUAGAAAAGCUGCUGUUUUUUCCUCCGUCACAUGCAGGUGCACCACAAUCAUGGGCAUCUUAAAAGGUAAAGGGACCCCUGACCAUUAGGUCCAGUCUUGACCGACUCUGGGGUUGCAGCGCUCAUCUCGCUUUAUUGGCCAAGGGAGCCGGUGUACAGCUUCCGGGUCAUGUGACCAGCAUAACUAAGCCGCUUCUGGUGAACCAGAGCAGCGCACGGAAACAUCGUUUACCUUCCUGCUGGAGCGGUAUCUAUUGAUCUACUUGCACUUUGAUGUGCUUUCGAACUGCUAGGUUGGCAGGAGCAGGGACCGAGCAACGGGAGCUCACCCCAUUGCGGGGAUUCGAACCGCCGACCUUCUGAUCGGCAAGUCCUAGGCUCUGUGGUUUAACCCACAGCGCCACCCGCGUCCCUUCCUGGGCAUCUUACUCAGAUGUAAACCCCCAUCGUGCUCCGUGAGGUUUGCAACUAGGCAAGAGUGCAAAAGAUAGCAGCGUAACAGUGCAACCCUGUGCAUGUCUACUCGGAAGUCAAGUCCAGUUGUGUUCAAUGGGCCUUACUACUGGGUAAAUGUCUGUAGGACUGCAGCCAGAGUCGUGGGUUUUGUGUUGCAGCAGCUGGAGUGUUAGACUUGCGCAGGAACAACCUGCUCAGCUAUGAAGCUUGCUGGAUUAUUUUCAGUUAGGUCACAUUGGAAGGAUGAAGCUAUUUCCCAGGAUUUCUGUGAGGUGACAUAACUUGAAUAACUACACACACACACACACACACACACACACACACACAUUGCCUUGAGAGUGAUGGGAUAAAAUAGAAAAUAAGCAAAGGUUAGAAGUAGUUAACCUUGUAAACCAAUUUCUUCAAUAAAUCAACUUGGAAAACACAGAAAAAUAGGAGUGAGAAUAGGGCCUUCUUAUCUACACCAUGUUGCAAUAUAUAUUGUAGGUUUUUCUCAUCCGUGUUCUGUUUCAUUUUCUGUUCACUCGUUAAGACGAAAACAUUGCUCAGAAUUUAUACACAACUUUUUGAGGUCCAGUUGCAAAGCUAGCCUUAUAAGAGCCGCUGAAAGCAGUUAGAUUUGAUGUCUGUUGUGAUUAAUUUGGCUCUUGCCAAAAAUGGACCUACUCACAAAGAAAUAUGUGAGAUUAAUUACAGAGAAACAAAUUUCGAUAUGUAGGCUGAGCACAUAUUAAAGUUUCUAAUUUGACAUAUUUGAGCUUUAUUCUUCCUUCUAGGAAUGAAUAACCCCCCCCCCCCGAAGAUUUCAGAGUGGUAAUUUUGUGUAUAAUCUUUGCAAAAGUUUAUCCUGUUACGGGAUCCACAGUUGCAUUUCUGCACAGUUAUUAUGGAACGGAUCCAGCCAAGCUGGAGGACAUUUUAAAGUCACAAAACUAUUUCAGUUGGAGAGAUAAAAAUUGGCAGAAUCAUGCCGACUCCUUGCGCUCCCCCACCCCAUCUCUUCAGCUUGUUUUAAGAACUGUGCUGUAACUGGGUAGCAUUUGUGCCAUAUGCUAUUGGAAAGCACAUGUUGUAAGGAAGCUGAUUUUUUUAAUAUAAAAAAAUGCAUUAUGAUCUGUAGGAGAUGCUGGCAGCAGCCAGGUCAGUCAGACCUAAUCUUUACGUGAUAGCAGAACUCUUCACGGGAAGUGAGGUCAUUGACAAUGUCUUUGUCAACCGCCUUGGGAUUACCAGUCUGAUUAGAGGUACCAAAACCAUGCUUGAAAGGUUUGUUGCAGGAUUGCUGUGUUUUGUAGACAUAUAUGAAAGUCAAAAAUCUCUUUACGUGGAACUAACUUUGUGUUCUUAUUUGCAUUUAUUCUUGUGUCCUUUUGCCAAUUCAAUGCCUUUCCCUCUUCCUUCUUUGCCUGUUGCGUGGGUUUUGCCCUCUUUCCCGAAUCCUUGGUUUGUGCAAACUUUUCAUGCAUCUCUCAUAACUCAAUGUCUUUGGUUCUUUAAUCUUGGGCUUUUCGUUUUUGUCUCUUUGCUGUGCGGCAUUUUCCCUGUUGCCCAAAUCCAUGCCUAGCCUUGCAUCCUUUCUUUUCUCCUGUUCUGCCUUUCCCCCCUGUCUGUCGCUUCCUUGGCUGUGCUUUUCGCAGUACAUGAUGGACACGGCUAGAAAAUUGCGGCCCAACUUGUAUGUAGUGGCUGAACUGUUCACGGGAAGCGAGGAGCUGGACAAUAUCUUUGUGAAUAAGCUGGGCAUUAGCUCUCUGAUCAGAGGUAGGCUGGCUUCGAAUUGCUCUUCCUUUUCUUAACCCUGAAUUCAGGCAUGAUACGCUGCGAGUGAAGAACGUGCAAAACACUGACUCUGCAUCCGUUUAUUAUAAACACAUGACAUUGCAUUCAACUAUAUGGCUUCUUUGCACGAUAAUUGUAGCAUUGUGAUUGUUAGGAAAGGGUAUCUUGUGUAUGGAAAUAGUUGUGAUGGCCACCUCUUCAAACAUCGCCGUAUGAACUGGUGCCUGGAGAACCCAUUUCUCAUCUUCAACCUGUGUAGACAUCACAUCGCUUGUCUCUUAACCAUGGUUAAGGGAUCAGGGAUGAGUCAUGUGGAACGCCCUCCCAUCAGAUGUCAAGGAAACAAACAACUAUCAGACUUUUAGAAGACAUCUGAAGGCAGCCCUGUUUAGGGAAGUUUUUAAUGUUUGAACUUUUAUUCUGUUUUUAAUGUUCUGUUGAAAGCCGCCCAGAGUGGCUGGGGAGACCCAGCCAGAUGGGCAGGGUAGAAAUAAAAAAUUAUUAUUAUUAUUAUUAUUAUUAUUAUUUACUUUCUCCUAUCAGGAGUAUGAAUGUGCUCUGCCCUUUCCCUAUCAGCCCUAACCAUGGUUUAUGGUUGCAAUGCCACUUACUUUAAUCGCAACUAAUGCUGACCAUUUUCCUUUUUAACUAGGGCUUACUAGCCAGGGCUUGACAACAGCAAGCCCUGGUUAAGAAGAAGCCUGGCAAAGUUUACAUAACCCAUCGUUAAAAGAUCUGAGGUUUUCCUUACAAUCUAGUGGUAUAUCAGUUUUCUGAAAUAAAAUAAAUAUAGAUAUAAAAGUGGGUGAACCAGGAGAUUGUGAGAAGGGAGUGUGCGAUUCUGUGAUGUAUCACCAUGGUUAAGGGACUGUCUUACGUUGUGUUAGUAUAUGUUUUAGGGUUCAGCAUAAAACUUUAUUUUUAUUUGUUCCUUCUUAGCACACUGUGAGACUCUAGACCUGUUCAGAUUGUGCUUUUCUCAUCCAGAUGCAAGGACAAGGAAGCCUUAGGUUAAUGCACACCCCAUGCAAUUCCACCAUCCAUUCCAUGCAAGAAAGAAAUGCCCAGACUGUUCAUAUGUGGAAUUUUCCUGUCCUGGCACAACCCAUUUUGCCUUCCAAUCCAGGGAUAGGAUUGUGGGGUCACUGAAUAGACAAAACGUCUAUUAACUGGCUCGAGUAUUAGGUUCUACAUGUUGUAAAGGGAUUGGAAAAGGAGGGCAGCUGUCUCCCACUCAUCAUACUAUAUUGAAUCUAGCCUCUCUUAAAAGUGUUUUUGGAAUAUUGACAGUCCUAGCUGUAAGUAGCUGGAGUGAUUAUUAAAGCAUUCUCUAUAAAGUCCCACAGUCUUACCAGGUGUUCAAUGGAUGAUUCUUCGUAUCGAUGCUCACGUAAGGGCUUUUUCUCGUUCUCUAGAGGCAAUGAGUGCUUACAACAGUCAUGAAGAGGGGAGAUUAGUUUAUCGCUUUGGAGGAGAGCCAGUUGGGUCUUUCGUUCAGCCACGCCUGAGGCCCUUAAUGCCUGCUAUUGCUCAUGCGUUGUUCAUGGACAUAACACAUGAUAAUGAAUGUCCAAUUCAGGUAAGAAACAUAGCUGCCUUGAUUGCUCAAGUACUGUUUUAAUGGCUUAUUAAAGCUAUAUAGACACUAUAAAUGACUUUAUUACAUUUAUUAAAUCAUGAGAGGUAAUUAAUACUACUUUAAGGUGUAUGGGAUUUAAGCGUUCUUAAUGUUUUAGGCACAGGUGUGUGUGUGUGUGUGUGUGUGUGUGUGUGUGUAUUUACACACACACAGUGGUGCCUUGGUUUUCUAACGUCUUCAUUGAUGAACAUUUCGGUUUUCUAACACCGUAAACCCGGAAGUAAAUGCUUCAGUUUUCAAACAUGCCUCAGAAGUUGAACAUGCCACGUGGCUUCCGUAUCAAGGCUUCCGUACUGACUUUCCAGUUUCCGAAUGUUUCGGAACUCGAAUGGUCUUCCAGAACAGAUUACGGUCGAAAACCGAGGUACCAUUUUGUGUGCGUGUGCAUUAUGCAGUCGAAACCUCAAAGACAUAAAAAUUACAAUUGCAGACAGUUAAAAUGUUAAAUGCAGUAGGAGAAGUUAUUUGAUACCUAAUGUUGAACUUAGCAGUGCUAUCCUACGUAUUCAAAGUAAGUUGUAUUGAAUCCUCUGCACACAAUCUCUACAAAUUCUGCAGAGCCACAAUGUGCCUCUUCUGGUGCCAUGGGUUGCAUUCAGUUUUAUGGAAAUAAAAGUUGAGCCAUGUAGGUAUGACUCUCUCUCCACCUCCCCCCUCACUGUAGCCUCAUGCUGCCCCCAAAUGUCUCUUUUAAGGGUGAGGGAGAGUGGGGAGUCCUCAGGAAAGGUCUGGGACACAGCAUAUGAGCUGCCGGGGGAGAGGGAGAAUUGCUUUAAUUCGGAGACACUGAGAGAAUGGUGCCUUCCCACUUGCGUGCAAGGCGCCUUUGGAGUGCAGGUCAGAUUUUUCUGUUUUUUUAAAAAACACCUAGUCUUCUGGGCUUUACUUAAUUCAUACACACCCUUCUCGUUGUUAGCAUCGGUCGGCAUAUGAUGCCCUUCCCAGCUCGACUAUCGUCUCCAUGGCCUGCUGUGCCUCAGGCAGCACUAGAGGAUAUGAUGAACUAGUACCACAUCAGGUAUGCAUGUUAGCAGUAGGUUCCUCUUUUGUGUCAUUGGAGUGAUUCUGGCAUGUUUUUCCAUCCACUAUACCUGAAGGAGCGUCUCCACCCCCAUCGUUCAACCCAGACACUGAGGUCCAGCUCCGAGGGCCUUCUGGCAGUUCCUUCACUGCAAGAAGUGAGGUUACAGGGAACGAGGCAGAGGGCCUUCUUGGUAGUGGCGCCUGCCCUGUGGAACGCCCUCCCAUCAGAUGUCAAGGAACUAAACAACUAUCUGACUUUUAGAAGACAUCUGAAGGCAGCCCUUGUUUAGGGAGGUUUUUAAUGUUCAAUCUUUUAUUGUGUUUUUAAUAUCCUGUUGGAAGCUGCCCAGAGUGGCUGAGGAGACCCGGCCAGAUGGGUGGGGUAUAAGUAAGAAAUUAUUGUUUUUAUUAUUUAUUAAUUAUUCAGAGUUUUGACUGGCCUUGCUUACUCAGAUCGUAUCUUGCCACUCCUUAAAAUUUCACCGACUGCCUGUUUUAAAAAAUUUUACUAGCUUUGAUAUUUUAAAUUCUCCACAUUAUAAUUGCUACUCAUGUGUUCUGGUUCUUCUGUGUGUAUUUGUUAGUUUUUGUAAACCACCUUGAAAUAUUUAAUGGAAGGAGGUAUAAUAGAUGUUUUCAAUAAAGUGUGGCUACGAUAUUUAGAACACUGUGCUUUAGACCCUCUAAGAAGAAGUCAAAAGUUUCAGUUCCUACUAAAUGCACCAUGUGUGUAACUUUUGUGAGCAUAGGGAGAGAGAAACACUGCAAAUGCUAUUUUUGUAACACAUUUAUUCACAGAUUUCUGUAGUCACUGAAGAGCGGUUUUAUCCGAAGUGGAAUCCAGCAGCGACACUUUCCACACCUGGUGAAGUAAAUCUCAAAACCGGAAUUAUAGCAGGAAGGCUGGCUAUCAACAGAUUACACCAAGAGCUAGGAGCCAGAGAUUUUAACCAGGUAAAUGCUGGGCCAGAUUCACAGGGCAUCAAAGUGAGGCAUUUGUCUGGGGUGCUGAAGGGAACAAGAGAAUGAGGCAGGGCUUAGGAGAAUAUUAUUAUUAUUAUUAUUAUUAUUAUUAUUAUUACCUUGGUUUAAGAACAACCCUGUUUAUGAACUAUUUGGUUUAUGAACUCCGCAAAACCGGAAAUAGUGUCCCAGUUUGUGAACUUUACCUCAGUCUAAGAACAGAAUCCGAAUGCUGGAAGGGCACCAGCGGCGGGAGGCUUCAUUAGGAAAAGCAUGCAUCAGUGUAAGAAGGGUUUCAGUUUAGGAACGGACUUCCGGAACGGAUUAAGUUCGUAAACCAAGGUCCCGCUGUAUUUAUAUAUAACAUGUAUGCAUGCGCACACACACAAAUCUUCAGCCCACUUCUGGUUCUUGACCUGCUUGCAUGAGACAUCUGAGCAAGCGACUUUGGAGUACUCCCUCUUUAUCUUAUCUUUCAAUGUGGGUGGUGUUGUGGUCUAAAACCCUGAACCUCUUGGGCUUGCCAAUCAGAAAGUCGGCAGUUCAAAUCCCCACAACGGGGUGAGCUCCCAUUGCUCUGUCACAGCUCCUGCCAACCUAGCCAUUCGAAAGCACACCAGUGCAAGUAGAUAAAUAGGUACCGCUGCAACGGGAAGGUAAACAGCCUUUCCGUGUGCUCUGGUUUCCAUCAUGGUUUAGUCAUGCUGGCCACAUGACCUGGAAAGUUGUCUGUGGACAAACACCAGCUCCCUUGGCCUGAAAAGCGAGAUAAGCGCUGCAGCCCCACAAUGGCCUUUGACUGGACUUAACCAUCCGGGGUCCUUUUCCUUUACCUUUUACUCCCCCUGUUUGUACUCCACUUUGUACUUUAGAUUACUCCCCCCUCUACCAACCCUUAUCCAGGGCCUCCAAAAACCCUGAAGCCUGCCUUAACAUGCCCUGGCCAAGAAUUUUGACAUGGUGAUUAUUAAAUCUUAAUUAUAGUAUAAUCUGAAUAAUAAGAAUCUCUAUCCACUUUUCCCACCCAACCCCUAAAAAAUGUCCUCUUCAGGUAUAUGUGGAUCAAGUUGAUGAGGAUAUUGUGGCUGUGACGAGGCAUUGUCCUAACACGCACCAGUCUGUUGUCGCUGUUUCCCGAACAGCUUUCAGAGAUCCCAAAACAUCCUUCUACAGCCAAGAAGUUCCCCAGAUGUGUAUUCCAGGUAAGGUUACCCCUCUGCGUGGGUGGCACUGUCGUCUAACCACUGAGCGUCUUGGGCUUGCCGAUCAGAAGGUUGGUGGUUCAGAAGGUUGGUGGUUCAAAUCCCCGCAACGGGGUGAGCUCCCAUUGCUCUGUCCCGGCUCCUGCCAACCUAGCAAUUCGAAAGCAUGCCAGUGCAAGUAGAUAAAUAGGUACCACUGCGGCAGGAAGGUAAACAGUGUUUCCAUGCACUCUGGUUUCCAUCACAGUGUUCCAUUGCUGGCCACAUGACACGGAAAGCUGUCUGUGGACAAACACCGGCUCCCUCGGCCUGAAAGCGAGAUGAGUGCCACAACCCCAUAGUCACCUGUGACUGGGCUUAACCAUCCAGGGGUCCUUUACCUUUUACCUUUUACCUACCCAUCUGCAUCAGGAUUUGAAUGCAAAGUGUCCCAUUACGCAUUUCAUCUUCGCAACAACCUGAGAGAUAGCAACUGUCCCAAGAGUUUUGUGGUUGAGCAAGGAGUAGAGUCUGGGUUUUCCCAGUCUGAACAUCUAAACACAACAUCAUGCAACCUCUCCAGCUGAAUUAAACAACGAGAGAGACAAAGAUUGGUGUGGUGGGGGGGGGGGUGUUUCACCCUUCUGUGCACCCUUUCGCUUUGUCUGGAGCAACUCAGAGGGGCAGGGCAUAAGUAAUGAAUUAAUACAUCUAUUAUUAUUGUCUUGUAUGUUGGGUACCAUCCCACUCCAUGACUACACAAUUCCAGGUAUGCCCUCUCAGAGCUAUGCACUAUUGAACUGAAUGGUCCUUAUUCCCAGGUAAGUCGGUGUAGGAUUUCAACAGAAGCCCAAAAGUGCUGACUUAGGGACAGGACUAAAGCAUGAGCACCCUCAGGGCUGAUAGCUGGGCGAUGUGAUCUCAGUUAUCAACAUCCCUGACAACUGGUCCUGCUUAGCUAUGGAUGAUGGAAGUUGUAGUCCAAAAACAGCUGGAGACCCAAGUUGGGGAAACCCUGAGCUAAAUGGCCCCAGUGGUCUGAUUCUGUAUAAGGUUGCUUCCUAUGUUCCUACUUAUAAAAAAAAAUGCUAGCCGUGGUAUUGAGAGUUGUCUGGGGGUUUUCCCCCCUCUUCCACAGGCAAAAUUGAAGAGGUGGUUCUCGAGGCGAGGACUAUCGAAAGAAGCGCUGCCCCUUAUAAAAAAGACGAGCACUCAAUCAAUGGAUUGCCUGAUUAUACAGUUGAACUCCGGGAACACAUCCAGGUAAAAGCUGUGUCUCUUCCUCUUGUUUGGUUAGCCUAAAAAUUUGACUCCUGAGAUUAAAGUGACUUACUGAAUUCAUCUGAUUUCCUUCUCUUGGCAGCUCAAGGAAAGUAAAAUAAUAAAGCAAGCGUCAAUCGCUACGAAAGGCCCUAAUGAAUUCGUCCAAGAGAUAGAAUUCGAAAAGCUGACACCGGGAAGCGUGAUCAUAUUUAGGUAAAACGUCAUUACUUUGGUUGGUGUAGAAAAUGGCAGACAGAGUGAUGAUUAGCAGAGCAAUCUAAAGCCACUUGAUCCUGGGCUGCGGGUGGUUUGGGUUGAACAGAGAUGUCUGUCCACAUAGCCCUACCAGCACAGAGCUCCCCUCUCUGCCUUCCAAAGUGGAGCAGCCAGCAGCAAGCCUCCAAACUGCAUAUUCUGGCAGAGGGGAGGGGGCUAAACUGGUUCCACUGGGCAUCAUUUUAAGUACAGUGGUACCUCCGGUUGCAAACAGGAUUCGUUCUGGAGCCCCGUUCGCAAUCUGAGCAGAACGCAACCCACGCAUGCGUGGGUUAUGAUUCGCCGCUUCUGCGCAUGCGCGUGACAUCAUUUUGAGCGCAUGCGUGAGCGGCGAAACCCAGAAGUAAACCGUUCCGGUACUUCCAGGUCGCCACGGGACGCAACCUGAAAAGAUUUAACCCGAAGCAUCUUUAACCCAAGGUAUGACUGUACUAUAUUUUUCUGUGUAUAAGACAAUACAGUGGUACCUCGGGUUACAUAUGCUUCAGGUUACAUACGCUUCAGGUUACACACUCCGCUAACCCAGAAAUAGUGCUUCAGGUUAAGAACUUUGCUUCAGGAUAAGAACAGAAAUUGGGCUCCUGAGGCGCGGCAGCAGCAGGAGGCCCCAUUAGUUACAGUGGUGCUUCAGGUUAAGAACAAUUUCAGGUUAAGAAUGGACCUCUGGAACGAAUUAAGUAUUUAACCCGAGGUACCGCUGUACUUUUUGCUAAAAAAAAUUAGGCAAAAAUUGGGUGUUGUCUUAUACAUGGAUAGUGAUUGCAGAGGGGGGACGUGCGAUUAAUGGCAGCAGCAAGAAGUGGAUUGGCAGCGGCGAUUGGGUGGGUGAUUGGUGGCUGUGGCAAAGCCUGCUGGCGAUUGGCUGUGGCAACUGGGCAGGCGAUUGGCUGCUGUGGCGAGGCAGGCAGGCGAUUGGCGGCUGUGGCAAGUGCGUGGGUGGGCUGUUGGUGGCAGCGAGUAGGCAUACAUUUGGCUGCUGCAUCAAGGUGUGCGAUCAGCAGUGGCUGUGGCAAGUGAUAGGCAGUGUCAGGCAGGCAGGUGAGCAAUUGGCAGAAGUAACCUCCCCACCCCCACCCCAAAAAGCUAAACAACUUAAUUUCUUAAUUUGGGGUUUAAAAAAUAGGGGUUGUCUUAUACAUGGGAGCAUCUUAUACACGGAAAAAUGCGGUAAUUGUGUCCAAUUCAGCCCCAGUCAUUCUGCUAUCUCUACAUUAGCCUUCCUCCCCAUCCACCUCCCUUGGCCGGCUUGCUCUGCAAGGCUGCAGGUGGGAUGGUGACCUUGAAACUUCAUUAAGCCCCAGCAGGCAACCAGGUUAGGAUUUCACCAUUUGCCUCUUCUUUUUCCCCACAAUUGACAUUUUGUUUUGGCCAAUCUUUGCAGGGUAAGCCUUGACCCAAAAGCACAAGAGGCUGUUGGAGUCCUGCGUAACCACCUGAUUCAGUUCAGCCCUCACUUUAAAUCUGGAAGUCUUCCCGAUGAUUGUUCAGAGCCGAUACUCAAGACGCCAUUCUCAACGUAAGUUCGCCAUUCGGUUGAAACCUAUGGGGAACAAUGCAGAGGCGAUGUACGAGAUUCACUUCUGCAGCCUCCUUUCCAAAAGCAACCUGUAGCCAAAUUAGUCCUGAAGAUUUAAUACCUCAAUAGCAUCUUCAGUAGUGUGCAAGUUGUCUGUUUUUGUUGUGAGUGGUUUGCUACUUUCGAAACAGAGAAGCGACUUAAGAUGCAAUCCUAGGCAUGUCUGCUCAAAAGUAGGUCCCACUGAGAUUUUGCAACCUUGCACUUACGGCCGUGUACCCUUUCAUAUAUAUUUUUUUGUUUUAAAUUAUUCUAAACCAGAAAUAAAUUUUAACAAAAGUUUGUUUUGUUUUGUUUUUUAACCCGGUCAGUGUAUCUCUGUCUCUCUCACAGUAUUGCAUCGAAAUUAACCUUGGCAGACCUAAAUCAUGUAUUAUAUCGGUGUGAUGCUGAGGAGCAAGAGGACGGUGGAGGGUGUUACAACAUACCAGACUGGACACCCCUUAAAUAUGCAGGUCUUCAAGGUAAAAAUUGGUUUGAGACAAAUAUAUUAUUAUGUACAUUAGUCAAACCACCUGUAUGCUUUCUCUCUGAAAGUCAAAUGCAGGCCAGCCAUGUACAGUGGUACCUCAGGUUAAGUACUUACCAUAUUUUUCGCUCUAUAGGACGCACUUUACCCCUCCAAAAAUUAAGGGGAAAUGUAUGUGCGUCCUAUGGAGCGAAUGCAGGCUCCUUGGCUUCAGUGAUAGCAACGGGAAGCCUCCGAAGCGCAGAGGGAGCGCUCCCUCCGCGCUCCAGAGCCUUCGCGUUGCUUUCGCUGAAGCCGGGAGAGCGAGAGGGGUUGGUGCGCACCGACCCCUCUCGCUCUCCAGGCGUCAGGGAUAGCCGCCUGAAGCCUGCGGAGCGCAGCGCGAGUUCUCACUGCGCUCCGCAGGCUUCGGGUUCCUUUUGCUGAAGCCAGGAGAGCAAGACUCUCCUGGCUUCAGCAGAGAGGGAGAGCUGCGCAGCGCCCCUUCAGCCAAGCGGGAGGAGAAAUGGAAGGGGCUCCGUUUCUCCUGCCGCUUCGCUGAAGGGGCGCUGAGCAGAGAGGGGGAGAAUUUUUUUUCUUGUUCUCCCCCUCUAAACCAAGGUGUGUCCUAUGGUCCAGUGCGUCCUAUAGAGCGAAAAAUACAGUAAUUCGUUCUGGAGGUCCGUUCUUAACCUGAAGCUGUUCUUAACCUGAAGCACCACUUUAGCUAAUGGGGCCUUCUGUGCCGCCGGAGCAUGAUUUCUGUUCUCAUCCUGAAGCAAAGUUCUUAACCUGAGGUACUAUUUCUGGGUUAGCGGAGUCUGUAACCUGAAGCAUAUGUAACCUAAAGCGUAUGUAACCCGAGGUACCACUGUAGUUUGGACUGAGGGCACUUGAAAAACAUCCUCAUCUCAGUUGGUUUGUUUUUAGCAAUUCCAAGCAGACAGCAAAAUAGGAUGUUCCUCAAGACCUGGUAGCUAGUAGCUCGUCAACCGUGUUUAGCUUGCCAUGCCAGACAUUGGUUGUCUUCAUAUUCCGCAUUCCGGGGAUUAGCACUAGAUUCUAAGUUUCAAAAGACAGGGAAAUACAAAUAUCUUUUAGCAAGCAGUACAAAGAGAAGAUCAGGGAAAUGUUGACAGUAAGUUCAAUAGGCUCAAUUUCGACUUCCCUCCAAACCCUAGUUUAUGCUAACCUUGGUUAAGCACCCCACACACCAUCACUUGAGCUUCUAGGCAUAUAGCAAGCAGACCGUACUUCUGAGCAACUUGUCCACUUUUAUUUUCUUUCUGUUCAGUACUUGACUUCGUACAGUCGCUUGCUUCUCUACGAUGCUGCAGCCAUUUGAGGUGAAGCAAUGGCCCUAACUGCACUUCAUGAAUCUGAACAUAAAGCAGGCCACAAGUAGCACAAACCGUGGUUUGCAAACUCAAUUUCAAAUGAUACCGUAUUUUUCGCCCCUUAGGGCGCACACCUCCCAUGGGCGCACCUAGGUUUUUUGGGGGGGAAAUAAAGAAAAAAAAUUAUUCCCCCCCCCAGGCGCGGGGCUGGCGCAGGGGAAGCCCGAGCUUCCCCCGACCCCAGCCCCGAGAACAGCCUGCUAUCCGCAAGCCUAGGGAGCCCGGCGGGAAGUCGCACCGGUCUCCCCAGGCUUGCGCAGAGCUGCGCGAAGCCCGGGACUGCAGGCAGCUCUGCGCAGCCCCCAGGAGACCAGCGCAACUUCGCUCCGGGCUCCUUGGGGCUGCACAGAGCUGCACGAAGCCCGGGACUCGAGGCAGCUCUGCGCAGCCCUUGGGAGACUGGCGCGAAGUCGCGCCAGUCUCCCAAGGGUUGCGCAGAGCUUCCUGAAGCCUGGAGAGUGAGACGGGUCGGUGCGCACCGACCCCUCUCGCUCUCCAGGCUUCAGCGAAAGCCUGCAUUCGCCCCAUAGGACGCGCACACAUUUCCGCUUCAUUUUUGGAAGGGAAAAAGUGCGUCCUAUAGGGCGAAAAAAUACGGUAAUUUAUUAUCCUUGUUUAGUAGCUCCUUACAAGCUGGGGUUUGUAACCUUGCGUCUUUGUACAUAAUGCCAAACCAUGGUUUGGCUUCUGCUUAUUAUGCAUGAAAGCAGACUCAUAUCAUAGAACGCUUUCAAAGCUGAGCCUCAAGAUAGGACCUAACUAAAGAAUAUGCAAGUUAGUGACCCACUUUAUGGUUCUGUUAAACUCACUCGCCUAGGGUGAGCAGUUGGGCAGCAUCUCACAUGGCACAAGACUGGAAUUAGCAUGAGCGCCAAGGACAGACAGUAGGUUUUUAAAAAGUAAUCAGUCUGCACUCUAGUUUGUCUGCAGAAUUAAACUCACCUUGAUUUGGGUGUCUGGUAUUUUCAGAAUAUUAUUUUGCAGCCGUUGCCUUCUUUUUAGACACUCAACCUACUUUUCGUGAUAGUUUCUUGACCUGUAAUACAGAACCAUGUUUCUAUGGUCUUUCAGGAAUAAUGUCCGUCAUGGGAGACAUACGACCAAAGAAUGAUUUGGGCCAUCCUUUCUGUGGUAACUUGAGAGCUGGGGACUGGAUGAUUGAUUACGUGAGCGAUCGGCUAAUUGCCCGUUCUGGCGCCUGCUCGGAAGUAAGUCAAGCGAUGCAAAGAGAGAACAUUUCCCUUUCAGAUAGGCAUUUAUACGUUACAUGGUCAUUUUCGAUAAUUGGUUUUAAUUCAGUGCAACAAUUUGUUUCCCUUGAAAUAACAAUAGGUUGGCAAGUGGCUGAAAGCAAUGUUUGUCUACCUGAAGAGGGUUCCUCGUUAUCUCAUUCCAUGCUACUUCGAUGCCAUAUUAGUUGGCGCAUACACGUCGCUGCUUGACUUGGUUUGGAAACAGAUGUCUAGGUAUGUUUGUCCAUACCAAAAAAAAUGUGGUUUCACGCAAACACAAUUGUAUACAUUUCUGAACGUUUUAUCCGUUCUCCUAAAGAAGUGAAGGAAGUGUACUAUGACCAAGCCAUAGCAGUCCUGACCAAAGUCAGAAAAAGUUUCCUCUGCCAGUCUUUCCAUAUCGGUGAAAGGAAAACAGCUAAUAGUCUGUUUCACAUGCUUCUGUCCCUCACAUAAUGUCUCAUUGCUUAUCGCUCAGUGACUCAGCCAAGGGCUUGAAAUGUGUGCCCCCAGUCAUUCUUGGAAUCCGAUUCAUAGCAACACCAGCCAGGAUAGCCAGUGAUCAGGGACACUGGGAGUUGUAGUCCAUCAACGUCUAGAAAGCCACAGUUUUCACAUCCCUGCUUGGAUAGUGUAGCAUGUCACAUAUGGUAUUUAAUUGUGCACAUCAGCACACGAGGACUGGGCAUGGUGAAGCCUCCUGCGUCCCUGGGAUCAUGCCCGGUAGAAGAUCAUAGAAUCACUGGCAGAUUUGGGUGGUUGGCAGAUAUUUGCUAGAUCAAAAAAGAAAACCCCAGUCUACAAUUCUGGUGCAGAUCCAAGCAGUUUUGUCUUGAAUAAGAACAUUUAUGCUCAUUUCAUGAAAUGCAACUGAAAUGGGGUUAGCUAUUUUUGUAUCAUGUCAGUUUUGUCAAAAUAAAAAUGAAGGGCAGUACAACAGAACCAUCUGUAUGAGUUGUGGUAUUGUCCAUAUACCUUACCUCAUACUCUGAAUUUUUCAAAUACCUUGAAGCCACGGAGGAUCCGGAACGUUCCAUAGAUCUCAACAACGCAUGCGUUUGAAAUCAGCGCUGCUGGUUGCAUUGAUCUUGGAAGACUGAAAAGAGGGGAAUGUUUGUAGGCUUGAGAAAUAAAUAGUUUUGCUUUAAUUGCAGCUUUGUUCAGAAUGGAUCGACAUUUGUUAAACAUCUCUCCUUGGGUUCGGUCCAGAUGUGUGGAAUAGGGAAGUAUCCAUCCUUGCCCCCUCUGUCUCCCGCCAUCCAGGAUGUUCCUUAUAGGCUGAACGACAUUACAAAAGAGAGAGAACAGAGCUGUGUUACUUUAGCAGCUGGUAAGUAAAGAAAGAAAGAACAUUUUGAAUUUGAAUGUUUUAAAUCUGUUACAGGUCACCGAAUUGGGUGCGCUGGUGCUCUGCAGAAGUUUAGGAAGGCCGGGAGACUUUGCGGAGCAAAUAUGAGCAGCCUUGCUAAAAACUGUAUCGAUGGGAAAGGUUGUGUGAACCUAGUAACAAAUGCUGGGUUCAUUCCCCACUGUGUGCCUGUACUUUGCCUGUCUCCCACAUAGAAGAAGUGGGUAGCACCUGGAGGCCCUGAACAGGUAGACAAGCACUGUUAACUAGCCAAGACAAGUGUUAACUAGUCAUAAAGGUCCAUUUCAGUUGAUACACUAACACAGUGUUUCUGAAGCUUGGGUCCCUGGCUGUUGUUGGACUACAACUCCCAUCAUCCCUGACCACUGGUCCUGCUAGCUAGGGAUGAUGGGAGUUGUAGUGCAACAACAGCCGGGGACAUAAGUUUGAGAAACACUGCCAACCUAGGAGCAACAGCAUAUUGCAUGCUUUUAUUUUUGUUGAUUGAUUAAUGGUGGAACAACAGUGAUUUAGUCAAGGUGUGUGUGUUAUAAUACAGGUGGGGAGCUGAGGAGGGAUCAACUACAAACAGAAAUGAGAACAUUUUGGAGUACCAUUAAGUUCUUAAAUAUAUAUAUAUAUAUAUUUACUGUUUUAGGCUUACCUCAUUUUUCAUCUGGCAUUUUCCGCUGCUGGGGAAGAGAUACAUUCAUUGCAUUGCGAGGUCUGCUGUUAGUUACUGGACGUUACUUGGAAGCGAGGUGAGAUCAGGUUCACAUGUCCAUAGUGACUAGCUGACGUAGCUGUUGGUAUAAGGUUACUCCAGCAUAGCCAAGAACUCUUAUUUUAUUUUAUUUUUAUUCACUCUCAGGAAUCAGUUAUGUUCUGGUGCUGUGGCUCUUAACAUUUUCCUAACUGAAGAAAAUAUAAACACACAUAAUUUAAGUUUAAAGAACAGGGGAACAUUGUGUAUGUAUCAGUAUUCAAGGGCUGUUAAAUAAUGGGAUCUAUAUUGUUCUAAAGAACUUACAGCUCUCAAAAGUAAUUUUGUGUCCCAUGUGUUCCAAUUAUCUUCAUUAUUCUAGUCACUGUUUGCACUAUUUAGUUUUUUGGAACCUCUAGGUUGUAUGUAAAUGUGAAUUUGGAAACAUGUCCUUUUCUUUUCCCUCCCUCCCUCAAUUUCAGGAACAUAAUUUUAGCGUUUGCUGGUACGCUGAGACAUGGACUCAUUCCCAACUUGCUUGGCCAGGGCACUCAUGCCAGAUUCAAUUGCCGUGAUGCUGUCUGGUGGUGGCUACAGUGCAUACAAGACUACUGUAAGGUCGUUCCAAAUGGCACUGACAUUCUCAAGUGUCCUGUAUCCAGAAUGUAUCCUACAGAUGACUCUCCUCCUCUGCCACCGGGUCAAAAGGUAAUCUAUAAUUUGCCCUUCUCUUCAAGUUGUGGCUUGACUCUUGCUUGCUUGCGUGCAUGCGUCACCGGCGUGCUAGCUCUGGGGACAAAUCUUCCCGUCAUGUACCUCUUCCUCACUCGUGGCACACUAUGGCCUUAGACUGAUCUGCCAAGGACUGUUCUGCGUCUACUGUUGGAGGCAGGAUGUCUCUGGAUACCAGUUACUGGAAAUCACAAGUGCGGGAGGGAGCUGUUUCUUGUAGCCUCCACAUAAUCAUCUGGUUCUCCAUAGUCAACUGAUUGGCCACGGUGAGAACAAGAUGCUGGUCUAAAUGAGCCUUUGAUCUGAUCCAGCAGAGUGGCUUUUACAUAAACUAAUUUUAACCGAGCUGUGACUGUCUCCACAGUUAAAACAUAAAACCUUUUUUUAAAUAUAAUUUUGUGAUUGUGUAACACAACUUUGGUACUUCUGUUGUGUUGUUUCAGAGAACAAAAUGCCAAAUAAAUCUCUUAAGUACCAUAAAGUACUGUGGCUUCAUUCUGUUUUUAAGGGUGGAUGUACACACAGAGAAAUUAAAUUGUUAUAACCAAAGAAAAAACGCAGUGGAAAAUCGCAAAUAUUUUUUAUUUUAUUUUUGCUCUCCAGCACUAUCCGGUGUUGCAUGUUUAUAACGCAUUCAGAAUACUGUUUUUUCACUAAUGUAGCUGAGUCCUAAGUAUCUGGCUUAACUUUUUUUGCUGUUCCCAUUUCUUUUCUUCUUGUAUAUUUGAACCAACCCAAAUUCAGGACCAGCCACUGUAUGAAGUGAUACAAGAAGCCAUGCAGAGACAUAUGCAAGGCAUACAGUUCCGCGAAAGGAAUGCUGGUCCGCAGAUAGAUCGGAAUAUGAGAGAUGAAGGUAGACUCUGAUCCAUCAAUUUAUUUUCUGCACCAGUAAAAAUAAAAUUCUUCCUUUUUAAACCACCCUAAACGUUACUUUCGAAGUGUAUUGUAUUUGCUUAGACGAUCUGUCCACACACUUUACAGGCGCAUAAAUGUUUAAAUGUAUCUUUAAGGUCUCUCUUGUUCUGGAAAGAGAUAUUUCGUUAAAUGUUAAUUGUACUGCACUAGAAAUCUUACUUAGUUUUGGCUGGGGUGCUUCUCGGGUCCUGUGUAAGAUUUCUGUCUCUUUCUCUCUGUAAGUCUUUGCAAAACAUCUGAUUUUCACCGUUGGUAGGUUUUAAUGUGACUGCGGGUGUGGACAUGGAAACUGGCUUUGUCUAUGGAGGGAACCGUUUUAAUUGUGGCACAUGGAUGGAUAAGAUGGGAGAGAGUGACAGAGCUCGCAACAAAGGAAUUCCAGCCACUCCGAGGUACAGUAUAAAGAUUUUACAGCGUUAUUGACAUCUUAAUGGGUAUGGCAUAAGUACAUAGUGGCUGUUUUUAAUUCCUCAAUAAAAGUGUGUCAAACAAUAUUUCUUUGGACCUGCAAAGUUAUGAAGAAAUGGUGUAUAGAUUUUCAAAACUGUAUUUUCAGACCCUAUUAGCUGAAAUCAAAAUGUGUAAAGUGCCCGUUUUGGGCAGUCACUAUGUACAAUUUAGCUAGUCGUUCAUCCACAGCUUCUGUAAGGGCUUAUGCGUGCAGAACUUUGAGUGCAGGAUUUGUCCUACUUCUGGAUUCCAACCCAGCAUGUUUGAGGAACCAAGCUGCUUUUCCAAAACAUCAGUUAGGAGCAUAGUUGUUUCUUCAACUUAACACAUUUUGCCCUGUGCUAUUCAUUUAGCCUUGUGGGUUAAAAAAUUAUAUUUAGUUAUAUGUGCAAGCUGUCUCCUGCAUUUCAAAGGCUGCAUGUUUUGCCCAGCUUUUCCAUUUUAAUAUGCGGACACUUCAUGAGGCCGGGUUGAAAUCGGUUCCCAGUGUUUCCCAAACUUGAGUCUCCAAGUUUGUUUUUGGACUACAGUUCCCACCAUCCCUGACCACUGCUCUUGCUAGCUAGGGAUGAUGGGAGUUGUAGUCCAAAAGCAGCCGGAGACCCGAGUUUGGGAAGCCCUGUCCUAGCCCUUUGCAGCCAGCCAUGAUGUGCCGCUCAUCUGCUGGUACAAAUUGCUGGGAGGGCGAAGGCCUUGUGUGUUGCUGUUGGGCAGUUCAAUGAGUUGAAAAUGAGGCGGGGGGAGACAGAAAGCAAAAAUGGGAGGCAGAAAAAAGGGGGGUCACUGGGAGGUCAUGAGUACAGAUGUUUAGAGGCACAAAAAAGAGUAGCAAGCUCUGUGGGGAAGAGUGCAUACCUUGGGGGAAAACAAGGGGUUAGUAGAGAAUGAAGGAAAAGAGAUGCCAAGUUAAAAUGGUAACAAAAACACUGGAUGCAGCCCCAAUUAAAACCUACAAAAGUGGUUCUUGGAGUGAUCUGAGUUGCAUUCUUGGUUUAGACUCUGAAUACAUACUGAUAGAAGGAAUCCUAGAGCAGUGUCAUUUAUAAUCUUGCUUUGUAAAUCUUGAAACCUAUAUCUCUCGUACUUUUAGAGAUGGUUCCGCUGUGGAGAUAGUUGGUUUAUGCAAAUCAACAGUUCGCUGGUUACUAGAGUUGUCCAAGAAUAAUAUAUUUCCUUAUUCUGGAGUUACUAUCAAAAGACAUGGUAAGUAGUCUCAUCUGCAAUGUACGAUGGGAAUGGAGAAAAUUCAAACCAUUUCACAUGCAUUAUUUAGUUGUAGUAUUUACAACAACUCUGCAAGAUCAGUAUUUUUACUUCAAAAUCAUAAUUAUUAUUAACUGUGCUGCACCCAAGGAUAAUGUUCUGAGUGCGAAGCAAUAUUUUUGACAGUGGUUUUCGAACUUUCAAGCCUGAGGAAUCUUGUUGACUACCACUGAACACCAAGCCAUAGUACUUAUAUAGAGUAUAUUGCAGGUUCACGUUUGUCUUUGAAAUUAAACCAACACAGGUCUUUAUAUAUAUAUUUUCUGUUGGCACUGAAGCAUUAUCAAAACCAGUCUUUUGCGUUACAUUGUUUUCCAGGGAAAGAAGAGACCAUAACGUAUGAUCAGUGGAACAGAAAAAUCCUGGCACACUUUGAAAAGCUGUUCUUUGUCUCUGAGAAUCCAGCAGAUCCCAAUGAGAAACACCCAACUCUGGUUCACAAGCGAGGCAUAUAUAAGGACAGCUAUGGAGCUUCAAGUCCUUGGUGUGAUUAUCAACUAAGGCCAAAUUUCCCUAUAGCAAUGGUUGUGGUAUGUAUUGUGUAAACAUACUUUUCAAACCAUAUAACUUUUUUCGCUUCUUUUUUUUAAACUCAACUUCUAUUACAUAGUUUAGGCUGCAGUCCUAACUCUACUUACCUAAAAGAAAGUUCUAUUAAAUUCAAUAAGACAUGCUUCUGAGUAGACAUGUUUAGGACUGUGCUUUUAGUUUAGCUUUUCUUCACUGGCGCUUUACAAGCUAUGAUGAGCAAAAUAUGAUUUGGGGGAGGAAUCCCACUGAACAUUACUUCUGAAAUAACCUCUCCAAAAUCUGAUGGGUCCGUUAACUCGUUAGCAUUAGCAUGCGCAUUUUGGGUGGGAUCCUUUUGUACCCUCCCCCAGGCCCUUGCAGGAAGGGCUCUUGAUUCCUCUGCUACUGGAGGAAGAAAUGAGAAAGUCUUAGGACCCUGAUCCACAAUUCUGCUGUGUCAUGCAGUAGUGUCGGAUACUGUGCUAUGUUGAUCCCAUCCCCUUUAGCCAACAAAUUCCUAUGAAUCACUGUAUGGAGUUGGAAGGGAUCCCAAGGGUCAUCGAGUCCAACCCCCAACCCAAAAAUGCAUAUAUUAGUGCAACUGUAGAUUAGUGCACAGAAACAAAUGCAUAUACUGCUGAAAACCAAGAUGCAUUAUAUUAGGUGCAAUGCAUAUGGGUCUCCAUGCUGACUUUUUAAAAGGAUGACAUUGACGAUAAUGAUUAUAAUAAUAAUAACUUGUACCCCUCCCAUGGCUGGGACGCGGGUGUCGCUGUGGGUUAAACCACAGAGCCUAGGACUUGCCGAUCAGAAGGUCGGCGGUUCGAAUCCCCGCGACGGGGUGAGCUCCCGUUGCUCGGUCCCUGCUCCUGCCAACCUAGCAGUUCAAAAGCAUGUCACAGUGCAAGUAGAUAAAUAGGUACCGCUCCAGCGGGAAGGUAAAUGGCGUUUCCAUGUGCUGCUCUGGUUCGCCAGAAGCAGCUUAGUCAUGCUGGCCACAUGACCCGGAAGCUGUACGAUGGCUCCCUCGGCCAAUAAAGCGAGAUGAGCCCACAACCCCAGAGUUGGCCACGACUGGAACUAAUGGUCAGGGUUCCCUUUACCUUUACCCCUCCCAUCUGACUGGGUUGCCCCAGCCACUCUGGGUGGCUUCCAACAUAAUAACACAGCAAAACAUGCUCUGGGUGGGCACAUAAUCUAUUUGCAAACUGGUGUGAAAAUUGCCUGAACUGUGAUCAGCUGUGAAUUUAAGAUUGGGAAAAUGAGAAAUGAAGAGAAGGCAAAGUUCUCAGAUUCGUCCAUCCUUCAGUGAGGUCUAGACUCAGCAGAGUUCAUCUGCCAUAGAACAAUCAGAAGUGCUCACAAACCCUGCAGAGAACAGCUGCUAGCCUGUGAUGUUCAGUUCCCUAUCAGUGAGGUGCUUUGAAAUAUUCCUACCAGUCUCUGCAAUGCUGGUGGUUCUCACAUCAACUGGGAUCCAAAGUCUCUGGGCUCAAGUUUCCCUGGGCUCAGCUUCCUUCCCUGGCUCUGGGGAGUCAAGAGGAAAGGACAACCCUGGCAACUCGGAAUAUUUGCGAAUUGUGCUCUGUUAAAAAUUAGGCUAUUUAAACACUGCUUUUACACUGAGAUUUUAGGUUGCAUUGUGGAUAAUACGGGGGAGGGGGUAAAAUAUGUGUGAAAACCAGGAUGAAGCUUGUUCAUUUAAUUUUCCAGGGUUUUGCUAUUGGUUUUUAAGUGGUUUUUCCCCCCUUGGUUUUUUUAUCAAGGCACCUGAAUUGUUCUCUCCUGAGCGAGCGUGGAAAGCACUUGAAAUGGUAGAGGAAAAGCUACUAGGUCCACUUGGCAUGAAAACUUUGGACCCAGAGUAAGUGCAAUAGAAGGCUGAUUAGAUCUUGCUCAGAAUUAGGAGCUAAAUUCUGUGCAAGGCAAACACCGAAGUCUCCGUCUCCAGGGCUUCUUCAUUAAUAGAAACCUGGAGUUCUGUUGCAUCAAAUAUAAGAUUCCUUGACAGAGAAACUUUGUUCAAAACCUCCCAGUGGGUAGCAUCUAUCUUUCCGAUAUUCCCAUCUCAAUCCAGCUAAUAUGAUUUCCCCUGUGCUUUAAUGCAACCACAUUUUGAAUACAUUUGCCGGGGGGGGGGGGGGGGAGUUAACUUUGAGCAUGAAACUAAAAUGGUGCCAUGCUCCAUGGCUUAAAUAAGUUUGUGUCCCCAUCAGUGUGAAAAGAAAUCUUUUGGAAGAAAAAAAUAAACAAACAACCAUGCCAUUUUAAAAGCUUUUUGGGAGACCAAGCUUCCCUGAAGAGGGAAUUACGCAACUUGUUGCCACCUCUGGAAAUAUACGUGCAGAAUUGAUCUGUGUAAUGUUGCUUACAAAUAACGGGGGGCUGGGUUGGAUGGGGGAGAUGAUGUUGGAAAUGUUUUGAUUAGAAUUCUUUUGAAUUGAGAUCUAUUCUCCCUAAACAACUCUGUAUCUUUUCAUGCAGCUUUCUAUAAUUGUACUUAUUUGCCCUUUGUGAUUUUUUUUGUCUACAGUGAUAUGGUUUACUGUGGUGUCUACGACAAUGCCUUAGAUAAUGAUAACUACAAUGUGGCAAGAGGAUUUAAUUAUCACCAAGGACCUGUAAGUUUUGUGCUUCAGCACUUUUCCCCCCCAACAGAUUUUGGUUUUCCAUUGCCAAAAAUGUGUGUCCUUAAUUCUGCUUCUCUUGCCUUUUUUAUUUUAUUUUAAGGAAUGGCUGUGGCCAAUUGGAUAUUUUCUUCGUGCCAAGUUGUACUUCUCCAAGUUAAUUGGUCCAGAGAUCUAUGCGAAGACUGUCUAUUUGAUUAAGAAUGCUCUUUCUCGCCAUUACGUCCACCUUGAGAGGUAGCUUUUCAUUUAAGCAGCUUGAAGUAUCGCUGUUGGACACCCAUUUGUUUUGAUAUUUCUUCCAGAAUAAUAUGGGUCUCUCAUCUUGAAUAAUUAUAUACACACUGCAGCCAAAAAAGGGGGGGGAGGCAUAAUGAAGGAAAUUCUUUGCAGAAGAAUUACGGGGAAUGUGAAAGCUGUUUUUAUGAGACCUAUAAAAUGGAACCAGGGCUUUUCGCUAGUACCAGUGUUUCCCAAACUUGGGUCUCUCCAGCUGUUUUUGGACUACAAUUCCCAUCAUCCCUAGCUAGCAGGACCAGUGGUCAGGAAUGAUGGGAAUUGUAGUCCAGAAACAGCUGGAGAGACCCAAGUUUGGGAAACACUGAGCUGUACGUUUUAGACAAGAGUGAAACCGCAAGUGUAUCACGAGCCAUUAUUAAUUUGUUGUGAUACUUUCAUGCUUCGACCCUAAAGCCUUUUAAAUUGGAGAGAUCUACUGGCCUAGUCCCAUCAACCGUAACCUGUAUGCAGAAGUAGGAAAUCACUUGUGAAUCAUUGCAUACGAGACAUACCAUUCUGUGUGUAGGGAUGGGGAUGGAGAGUAGAAUGCCCACAUCAGGCAAGUACCGUAUUUUUUGCUGUAUAAGACUCACUUUUUCCCUCCUAAAAAGUAAGGAGGAAUGUGUGUGUGCGUCUUAUGGAGCGGAUGCAGGCUGCGCAGCUAUCCCAGAAGCCAGAACAGCAAGAGGGAUUACUGCUUUCACUGCGCAGUGAUCCCUCUUGCUGUUCUGGCUUCUGAGAUUUAGAAUAUUUUUUUUCUUGUUUUCCUCCUCCAAAAACUAGGUGCGUCUUGUGGUCUGGUGCGUCUUAUAGAGCGAAAAAUACGGUACUUUGCUUGCUUAUCAUGGUUGCCUGGGAAACUGCAAUAACAGAUUAUCCUUGCAAUAGGUUGGAAAGCCAGUUCUUGGUUGGGGAAAGAUGUUAAAGUUCGUGGGUUGUAAAUCCUUUGACCCACUGAGUCUGCUGCAAUGGCCCUGCAAUAAAUUUCAUUUAUUGCCACUCCGACAAACUUCAAUGGCGCCCACACGCUGCCACUCACGCUGCCACUCUUCUCAGUUGCCGGAUAAUAGCAGAGUUCACACGCAGCGUAAAAUGGCUUUGUCUGUGUCUGCGUGGUGUCUUCAAUAACUCAGCUUGACACCAGUUCUUCUACUUUAACACUCUUUAUUUAGAAGCAUAACAAACAGAAAAGAAAACUUACAGAAUCUAGCUGCAUGUUCGCAACUUUCUGUCUCUAACAAAAACAAAACUACCUUGCUCACAUUCUCAGACAGACUGCUCUCUGCAGCCCCCAGAGAGCAUAAAGGUAAAGGUAAAGGGACCCCUGACCAUUAGGUCCAGUCGUGGCCGACUCUGGGGUUGUGGCGUUCAUCUCGCUUUACUGGCCGAGGGAGCCGGCAUACAGCUUCCGGGUCAUGUGGCCAGCAUGACUAAGCCGCUUCUGGUGAACCAGAGCAGCACACGGAAACGCCGUUUACCUUCCGGCUGGAGCGGUACCUAUUUAUCUACUUGCACUUUGACGUGCUUUCGAAGUGGUAGGUUGGCAGGAGCAGGGACCGAGCAAUGGGAGCUCACCCCGUCAUGGGGAUUCGAACCGCCAACCUUCUGAUCGGCAAGUCCUAGGCUCCGUGGUUUAACCCACAGCGACACCCGCGUCCCCAGAGAGCAUAGAUCAAAGGAAAAUGCCCAGGUCAUGUGGGCAAUGCACCCAGUGAAUAAGAACGCUUCCUGGAGUGUUAACUCUUAACUGUCCAGAACCAUAACAAAAGAGAGAGAAAAUGCAAGGAAGGGGGCAGAACUUGGUCUGGGUGCUCUGUCUUCCAAAAAGUUUUUGGUCGCAUGCAGGAAUCCAUCAUGAUCUCAGUGUUCUUAGUAGUGGCCAACCCCCGUCUUAGCAGAUGGGCACCGUGAGACACUAAUGUUUUCCUUCCCCAGUCUUUGUUGUGUAGAUUGUCACUGCAGUAACAUGCACACACUGUUCUCUGGGCCAAGGUUUAUGCUUUUUGGAAACCAGCAGUUCUGCCUCUACCUGGAUCCUGCUGGUUUGUUUUGCUUGGUCCUUGUGUACUGAAUAACACAGGCUAUUUCACUGAAGUACCAAGACAAUGAAUGUAAAUGCAAGCCCCAGUAAAAGGGAAAUUGGGCAACAAUGGAAUGUAUACACAAAGUCAUCUUAAUAAUUUUCUCUCUGUGUCCAGUGAUUGAGUAUAAUUGAUAGCAUUGUUUUGUCAUUAAUAUAGAGUAGAGCAAUUUCAGUCCUCGACUAUUAUUUUGCAGCAGCCUGAUUCUCUAUUUUAAAGAAUCUUAUUUUGAUUUAUGUGGAAAUCGUUCCAUUUGAUUGUGUACUUGGGAUGCUUUAUUUAUUGUUUAUGACUAUUUGUUAUAUUUGUAAUUAUAUGAGUUUUUUCAUGUUGUAUGCUGCCUUGAGCAUGGUUUGAACUAUGGAAAGGCGGCAUACAAAUAAAAUUAUAUUUGUAUGUAAAAGGCUAGGAGUGAAAUUGCUAGUUUUAAGAGUGCCCCUGAGGAAGAACUCAUUUCAAAAGGUAGUGCUUUUUUUCGGGGAGGCACAGGGGUACGCAUACCCCUAAACAUUUUGUGAACCUUUGUACUUUUGUCCCUUUACUGUAUUUAUUUUCCCCGAUUUGAACUAUAAAAUGGUGAUUUUCUUGAGUCAAAAUGAGAGUACCUCUAAACAUUUUUUAAGAAAAAAAAGCAAUGCUGAAAGGCAUUGGGCUUAGUAAAGUUUUGUCGUCUAAAUCUGCAAUUCCCCUUCAUCUUUUCCACAGCUGGGAGCUUCCCACUUUUUCUAAUGUACAUUAGACUUUUUAAAAAAGGGGGGGGGAUUUGAAAUCAGAGCAGUUUGCCAAAUAGUUAUAAUUCCUGGUCUAUAUUCUUUCACGCACACCCAUGUGUGCUGUCCUUUAUGUGAGAUGGGUUGCUUUAAUAUAUUAAAAUGCUCGGUAGUUCCAGUAGUGAUGCAUUAACUUUUUGCUUGUUUGUUUUGGCAGAUCACCUUGGAAAGGUCUUCCAGAACUGACUAACGAAAAUGGUCAGUACUGCCCUUUCAGCUGUGAAACACAGGCCUGGUCCAUUGCUGUGAUCCUUGAGGUUCUCUACGACUUGUAAACGUGUUUGCCUGCCUUGAUGAAACUGCUAGCUUUGUCACGAAUGCCGUAACCAUGCAUAUCCUGCUUUAGUAGUGGACUGUGCCUGCACUGGCAAGACACUUGUUAGGAGCAUUUGAUGCCCAUCCUUUGAGAAUCACACCAUGAUAUUUGUUUUGAUUGCGAGGACUAGGAUCAGAAAAACUUAAAAGAACCAUCACUUGAGAAUAUAGUCAGAUAUGUUUAGAUUAAAAGUAUUACACAUUCUACAGUAACAGGUUUCAAACUCGGUAUCUCUCUUUUCCUCAAGGUGACAAGCUAAUCAAAUGUUGAUGUGUUAUGUGCAUACCUAUAACAUUCAAACUCGGCCCUCCAGAUGUUUUGGGACUACAAUUCCCAUCAUCCCCGACCACUGGUCCUGUUAGCUAGGGAUCAUGGGAGUUGUAGUCCCAAAACAUCUGGAGGGCCGAGUUUGCCUAUGCCUGUCCUAUGAUAAGGGUUGGUUUUCCUCGUUCAGGUAAUUAAGUAAAAGUCGCAACACUGAUUCCUGCUUUGCACCAAGGAGCCAUCAUGUCAAGUAGUUGCAUAGCAGUUUUAAAAUCUCAUGUUGCAGAGGCUUCCUCCAUGUGACAGGCUACUUGUCUGAAGCAGCUUGCUACAACCAUGGGGAAAAAAUACCUUCUUUCACCCCAAAUGCACUUGAUCUGGAUCUCAGUAGCCUGUAUUCAGCUGUGCCAUUAUAUCAGUGCAAUUAAUUAAUCAGCCAGAGACAGAUUAGGCAAGGAUGUCCCCUUCUGUUGCAAAAAAAGGAACUGGCUUAAAAUAUACUGUGAUGACAAUUAAAUUUCACUGCCUGUUUCUUUAAUUUGUGCCUGUAAUAGUAAUACUUUAUUGAUUUCAGUACUUUUUUUAACACUUAUCCCCAAAGCAAAAACAUAGUAGUUAGAGGUUUAUCGGAGAACAUGCUGAUCAUAGAGGCAGCUUACUUGCAUUCUCUGUUCUUAAAAUCACACUCAGUGCAGACAAACAGGUUGGAGAGUAUACUAUGCCGCAGCUAUAUUGUGAUACAUAUCACUUUUUAAAAGCACAGUAUAGAAUUUGUCUAUAUAGGUACUUUGAUACUAAGAAUAAUUUAAGGAAUCUGAAUGGUUGACAUGUGGACUACGGCUUCCAUUUGAUCAUAAUUUUGUCACUGAAUUUCACCUAAUAUUUUUUGGUAGGAUUUUUUUCAUCAAUAAACAUCAAAAGUUUAUAUUGUUUUGACAUUUCUAAUCAUUUACAGUUAUAGUAAUGGGUGGUUAAUUAAAAUAUUAUGUAUCUGAUUAUUAUUAUUUUUAAGACUCUUAUCAAAAGGACUUUUUCUUAGCCUGGUAUAUAUUUCCUCAAUCUGUUGGGGAAAUUUCCUAGCCUUAACAUAUCUCUUGGCAUUUAAAAUAAAUUUCAUUAAAACAAUUAAAGCUGCAAUCCUAUAUUCAUUUGCCUGGGAAUCAAUCCCUUUAAACUCAGCGAGGCCGAAUUCUGAGUAGACUGCACUGUUUCAUUGUUAGAAAACAAGCUACUGAACCCAAAAUGGAAAUUAGAGCCAAUUAAUAUGACCAGGUUGUGAUAAGCGUUACUGGAAUUGCCACCUUGAAGAAAUUUAUGGAUAUUACAUCUGCCCUUGUAAUAGCUCUACCUAGAUUACCUUUCAGCAGGCAAUGAAUCAAUAAUACUGACAGUUGUUAGAGACUCCCAGGCAAUUAAUAUUGUCAGAAAAGCAAAUUACCGUCAUAGCGACAUAUUUCCAAGUUGUGCUAUUUUGUAUUGAAAUCCCUUGGUGCUUGGAGUAAAAGUUUAUAUGAAAGUGGCAGCUCUCUUGCAUUUUUGCUUCCAAAACACCACUAUCUUUCAGGUGCAAUUCAGUCACAUGCAGGCAAAUUCACAUUGCACAAGUGGUUUUGGCGCUUUUGCACAGCAAACCUUUCCCCCACCCCAAAAAUAUGGCUUAUUGCAGUAAGGAAAGGGAUGGGGAAAUGCACUGAAAGAUAUAGGAUAACAGCUGCUUGACACUACAUCAUAGAACCUCACAAACAAAUCAUUAGACAUUGUAUAACCUCCAUGCAGAUUGUGUGCAAACAGAUCUGGGUGAAUGCUCAAAAACAGGUUAUCUGGAAGUGACCUGUACUGAGCCCUGUGCUGUCCUGACUGCAUGGGAAGGUGGGUGUCUGAUUUUUAAUAGCAAAAGGUUUGUUCACGGCUUAAAAUUCAGUUUGCCAAAUUGAAUUUGUUACUAAAUAGAUUUGCACAUGGUUUGGGCAUUUCACAACAUUGAACAGGAAGAGUGAGUUGUCAGUGUUUUCUGUUCCGUUGAAGUUUUUCUUAAGUUGCACUGCCCUGUCUGAAAACAACAGAUAUUUUCAUGUUAAUAUAUUUCUUAUUUUGCAGUGAUGUUAAAAAUGCUUAAAUACAUUUCAGUUCUUCACCUGUACAAAUAAAUAGCAUACCUUAAGAUUUUUGAAUUAUACUGUUACCAAAAAAAUUAAUGUUUUUAAUGUCAAUUGAAAUGCCUUAAUUGCGGGGGUGGGAACUAAGCAUUAUUUUACCAACAGUGCUGUUGACCUAAAUUUCACUGUCCAAACUUGGUUGGGAAGAAAGGACACUUUUGUAUGAAAAUCUCCAUUCUGCUAUUUAGCCAGUGAACUCAGGCAUUCAUGAUCUUUGUUUCUGUCAAGAUGGAGAAUAGAAAAAUCUGUGGAACUCAUAGUUAGUAUGUGCUUGGAGAACAAUAUUUAAUAAAGAUAGAGAGACUUAACAAUUAGGAGAUACUAGUAUCUUAUACUACUGUGCAUCUUAAAGCAGUAUGCAGGUAACUCGUAACCUAUGCAAGGAUUUGGCCGUGGGGUUCCACACAUAAGUGCAAAAAGACGUAAAGCCAGGAACCCCUGGGACUGCCCCCCCCAAAGUUGGAGGGUCUGCUUGGUUUUGGGGAAAAGGCUGGAAGGGCUCUAGGACCUUGCCAGAGCCCUCAUUCCACCUUCCCAAAAGCUGGGUAAGCCUGCAGUUGUAGCUUUGAUGGGAAGGUAGGAAAUAAGCAAAUGGAGAAUGGAUUUCUUCUGCUCUCCAUUUCCCACCCACAAAUGCAAAGCUACAAUCAUGUAAGUAAAAUAAGCCUGUGAGUUACCUGUACACAAUGCGAGUUUAAAAUGCCACUGAAGUUUACAGCUUGUUCUAGCAUACAUUGCAAAGCCAACACGUUGAUGCCAACAACAUACGAUUCACAAUACUCUCUGUAGGUAGACCGAAAAGGUAACUGCAUAUCUUCCACAGUCUUAUCUUCUGCCAUGCCUCCUAGCAAUCAGUGUUUCAUUCUCUUUCAAACAAUAGAGCAAAAGCCAUCUGGGUAUCUCAUCUGUACAUGUUGCUGCUGCUGCUUAACUGAAAUAGCGAUGUAAUUUUCAUUUCAGAAGGUACUUACCAAACCUGAAAAACAAUUUAAAAGGGAAUCAUAGUUAAUGCUGCAUGUCAUAUGAUGAGAAGUGCAAUUGUUGCACACGUGAGUCCUGUGUGUCUUGUCUGGUACAGUUAUUUUUGUUACAUGGAUGAUUAUUUUCUGCAGUUAUGUGAGUGACAUACAAUAAAAGUCUAACAAAGUUGC